CUCCUUUAUCUGCCAUUUCCAGCGUCUGCAGCCUUUGAUUUCUGCAGACCUGUGAUGAGCCAAAAAAGCGAGUGGAAAUUGGAAAUAAGAGACAGACAGACUCAGUGUCACCGAGGGAGAGGAGAGGGAGGAGGGGGAGGCACUGAGAAAUCCCUGGAGACGGAGAGGGAGAGAGGGGGGAGACAGACAGAGGGAGAAACAGACGACCGUUAGCAGUUUAGUCGCCGGUCACUCGGCUGAAAAAACACGGAACCAUUCACAGUGAUUUCAAACGGACUGAACCACAGAGUCAAACUAUUUCUACGUAGGUUAAAACUGCAUUUAACGGCUGUACCGACACCCGGUACGCCGAGUAGACAGGUAGAAUACUAUAGAUAGAUAUUGAUAGACUUGGAGGGAAGAGGAGGAGAAACCGGAGUGAAAAGAGGAGGAGAGAACCGAGUCAGGAGGAGGACGGACGGACCGGAGAAGAAGAGGGAGAGGAGGCUGGAGAGACCAGAGGAAAAGGAGGAUUUUUUCAGAGGGUGUUUGGCGUCGUCUCCGUCCUCCGGUCGUUUUCUGUUCUCCAGCUCUUCUCCUUCCGGCGCUCCUUUAUGUCUGACUUUAGGAGGCUUUAAAUGUUGAACUUGAUGGGUGUUUUAAACGCCACCACCGCCGCCAAUGUCUCCUGUACUUGUAACUGCAAGCGCUACACCUCCCUCCAGAGCAUGGAAAUCAGUGAGUACAGCCUGAAUCUCAUUACUUUUUUAGCACUUUAUAUUGACUUCUCUGCUAGUGGUCAAUGUGGAUCUUAAAAGACGUUAUUUUGAUUGGUAAGUCACAAACAGCAGUGGUGGUGACUUCGGCUUGGGUUUAAACCUUGUUACAUGUACAGAGAAGUGAAUAUUUGCUUUAUUUUGUAGUUUUUGAAGUUCAAAUCUUCAGUUUUCGACUCAAAUGGGGGUUUGAUUGAGCUUCAGGAUCAUGUGUCUGGCUUUAAAAGUCACAAAACAUGCCCAUUCAGAUCAUUCUUUGUGUAUGAUUUGAGUGUUACUGUCUUUUAUUCUCUCAAAGACGUUUGUUACCAUGGCUAAUAUUAUGUAGCUUGAUUAAAACUAGCUUAAAGCAACGGCUAAAGUCACAAAUUUGAUUGUGCAGGGUAAAGAGAUUUCUGUCCUGAACCUAUUUGGAAUUUGAACUUGAUCAAAAACGGGAAGCUUUCCAUGCCCCCAUCUCAUCCUUUGCUUCACUUAUAUCAUCUUCUAAGUAUUUUUGCCUUGUUUUUGUUGUUAAGUUUGACAGACAUUGCGGAUUUUCGGUUAACGUUACACUGAGCAGCCGCUGUGUCUGCCUUUACAGUUAAACUGGCUGUAUUUAUACUGUCGUGUUACUGGGGGGAUUUGAUCGGUAAGAACACGGUUUAAAGUGUGCUUAACCCGCCAGAAAGUCUCCAAAAAGGCUGUAGAAAGAUUUGUGUUGGAAGUAAAGGUGUUUUUGCUCGGCUGAAAAGGUGAAUGAGGUGGGGAAAGCUGAAGUUUGGUCGCCGCUUCGUCAUCCGAGCUGAACCAGACGUCUGUCUAGCCGUCUGCCUGCGCGUGUGAGUGAGUGCGUGAGUGUGCGCGUGCGCUGUCAUGUGUGUGGUCGUAUCCGGGAAAUCCCUGUUUGUACGUCUGUCAAUAUUUAGAUGUAUGUUUAAAUGAGUGGGCUUUUAAUGUGCCUGUAUAUUCCAUUAAAGUAAGGCUUUAAACCGACGUCUGUUAGGCACCCACUCCCACAGGGGGAAAUGGUUAUACAUUCAUAAUAAUGAAACUCCAUUCACAGAAAAGCUGCUGAUGUCAGAGGCAGGGCUGAGUCACUCAGGUUCAGAGCUGUGGCAGGCAGGGUUCAAGAGUUUGGACUAAACUGUGCAACCAGUGUAAUACAUCCAUAUGGUAAAAAUAUUCCCCCCAAAAGUGCCCCCUUUGUAGUUAAUAAAUCAAUAUAAAAACGCCCCCUCUGGUGCUCCUGUAGGGGAAAUCAUGUGGAAAACAAUGACUUAGUGAAAAAAAAUUGAGUAAUCAAAGUGCCCUUUUGGUGGGUAGAUUGUGAACAAAGUGCAUUCUUGCUGCUUUUUCAGUGUAUCAAAUGUUAACAAAGUACCCUCUGGGUGUUCUUUUGUUAGAUUGAACAUAAACAAAGUACUCUCAGGUUGCUCUUUACGUAGUAAAAUGUAAACAAAGUACCUUCAGGUUGCUCUUUAUUUGGUAAAAUGUAAACAAAGUGCCCUCUGGUUGUUUUUUGUUGGAUUAAAUAAAUUAUGUACCUUUGGGUUGCUCUUUAUGUCGUAAGAUGUAAACAAAGUGCCCCUGGUUGGUCUUUUGCUGGAUUAAACAUAAAUUAAGUACCGUCAGGUGGCUUGUUAUUUGGUAAAAUGUAAACAAAGUGCCCUCUGGUUGUUCUUUUGCUGGAUUGAAUGUAACUCCCCUGGUGUUUUUCUUAAUGGAUAUUGUUAACAAAGAACCCUCUGGUUGCACUUGUAUAGCCUGGCUGGGCCAUCCAGUUGAGUGAAUCACUUGCCGUUCCUUCCCACAACAGUCCCAAAUCAGAAAAUAACUGGGCCAAUCAGUGACUGUGUUUCCACUGUUCCCCUGACAACAGGGAAAGGCAGCCCCUGAUUGGUCCAUGUGUAGAUGGUGACGUCUAACACAUGCUGCGGGACUUUUCAAAGCGCCGUUCAUUCAGAACGCUGUUAAUUCUGCAGUUGACUUUGCAAAGUCGGUAGAAAUCGUUUAUAUCCGCAGAAGAAGACGUAAAAGACAUUGUUUGCUCGCACACGUUGAAAUAUUACCAAACCUUUACUUGAUGCUUGAGAGCCCAGGAGGGAACACAGUUAUUAUAAUAAUAAUAAUAAUGCAUCAGAUUUCAUAUAGCGCAUUAUCAGAGACCCUCAAAAUGCUUUACAUUGGAUACAUCAUUCAUUCGCUCACACAGUCACACUUUGGUGGUGGUAAACUACCUUAGUAGUCACAGCUGCCCUGGGGCAGACUGACAGAAACGUGGCUGCCAUUUUGCGCCUACGGCCUCUCUGACCACCACCACACAACACUCACAAUCAUACACCAGUGGAGGUCAUACACUGGGAGCAAGGUGGGUGAAGUGUCUUGCCCAAGGACACAACGGACAGACUCAGGAUAGGGGGGAAUCGAACCGCGCACUGUGAUGACGUCAGAUGUUUGGUUACGGUGAUUGGUUACAGUAGUCUGUCUAUCAAGGAAAGUACUCCCGCCCACUUUUAGGGCUCCCAAUUGGCCGAAGUCCAGACUGUUGUGGGAAGGAACGGCAAGUGAUUCACACAACUGGAUGGCCAGGCUAGCAGUUGUAGCGGAUAGGACAUUCACCAGAUUUCUAACUGAUACUGUUAGCUGGUUACAUGUUUGGUUGUUAUGUGAGAAGACUUCUUCAUAACUCUCCCUGCUCUCCUCUCUCCAUCUCUUGUGGCACACCAUGUAGCAAAUGCAGUUGUCUCCACUUGUUAUUCUCCACUAACUUUUUUGUAAUGACCCAUAAUCGAAGUUAUGAUGAGGUUAAAGUGAGAGCUGUUUGAGGGGAGGACGUAUGUUGUAUCUAAUGAGUUAAAGAACCUUUGAUGGUUUUUCAGGUCGUUGACAUGACUCACUGUUUCUUAAAGAUCCCACUCGUGUGAAAUAAAGAUUUGUAACAGACUCAAAAAAGAGCAUGAUUCAGUGACUGUGGCCUUUUUUCCACCUUUGAGGCUUUCUGUUUUAUUUCCUAGCAGAUAUUUUAAAGGCAUUUAAUGCUGUGCCAGUUUUGAUUAUGAAGCAGAGAUUACUGAGAACUCAGUGAGUAAUAUGUUCACAGAAUCGUGUGUAGGAAGGGUUCAGACUGGUGUCAUCUGCCUUUUAUUUACCAUCCAAGAAAUAAAAAUUUCUUAUUUUCGCUUUAAGCCUUGCCAGUCAAAUUCUGGUAACACCACCAAACAGUAAAUAUUGAACUUCAUAAUUUCAGCCGUUCCUUUCUUUGAACGUUGUUUUCCACCACAUCAAACAGCCUAGAUUAUUUUCUGGUUUAACUUGUAAGUCACAUAUGAGUAAGAGUUUUCUACAAGUUCAAGCUGUAAUGACUUCAAAAUAUCUCCAUCUGAGUACUUUUAUAAGUAUUUCACAACACUGUCAUUUGCAACUGCACAAUGAACAGAAAUAAGGAGUUUAGAUUCAGAUUUUCAUAAAGUCAGAUUUGAAACAUUUAGCAGAUUUUUCAGUUUUAACAAAUUAAAUCACCAGGUGUAUUGGUUUUUGAAAAGGGGAUAUUUGUGUAAUCCAAGCUCGUAUGACAGCAGCUCAGCCGGCAGCCCUCAGAGCUGUGGAGUAUAAAAAGUAGAAUAUACAGCAUUUGAAUCGUGUUUUAAAGACCUUCAGUACAAAAACAAGGGAAUAAACACAUUAUGUGUGAUUUCACUCUGUCUUAUGGUACAGUGUUAAAAAUAGAGUGCAAAGGCUCGUUUAUGCUUCUGUUAAGUAUUAAAGGAGAUAAAACAUAAAAAAAAGGUUAAACAAUCACCUGCCACAGUCACCACUGGAACAGACUUUAGUGCAUCAAAUAGAUGACGCCACUCAGAGUCAAAAAGGAAGAAAAACCUAAAGUUUCAGACAACAACCAUGAAAAGGUGGAGCAGGUAGUGAUUAUGUUUCCUUCAAGAAAGGUGUGAAAGCGGUGAAAAUAGUGUAGGCCAUUCAAAACAUGUCAACAUGUGAACGAGCAUUACUUUCAUCUCUUUCUCAUGUAGCUUCAAACUAGGCCUGGGCAAUUUGGCAAAAAAAAAUGAUCAUGAUAUAUAUUUUGUCGUAUCAUCCGGUCUUGAUUAUUAUCCCGAUUUUUUUUUUUUAAUUGCUAAUUUUAAAACAUCUGUACUAAAACCUAAAGAAACUAGAGGUUAUUUCAACAUUUUAUUAACAUACGAAGUAAAUAACGUAAGUAACAAAGAAUACGAUACACUUAGAAAAAUAUAAGAACAUUUUAACCCAACAAUACAACAAAUGUAGAUAAAUACUAAAUAAUACAGUGAAAUAUUUUACAGUCCUGAGUAUUUUUGCAGGUAUGCAAGACCCAAAAUAAUAGAUAAAAUAAUCGCCUUAAAAUGUAAACAUUAGAUGAUGUAAAUGUAGAUGAUACAAUUAAUUACUACUUUGGUCUGGUGGCUGCAAUGCAUUUUUGUAGCUAAACUGCUAAUGCUACUAGUACCAGCAGCAAUGGCAGGCUGUGCAGACCCUGCUCGCAUUUUCAUGCUUUCCACAUAAUCACUCGGGAAGUACUUCUUGAAAUGAUUAAACAGAUUUGUUGUGUUGCCGGUUUUUGAGGGCACAGACCGCCGACAUACCUUCCACAUCAGCUUAAUUACUCGACGUCACUUUGAAGAUACCCGAACCACCGCCACACAACCGAUGUUGGAUAACUUCUCAACAAUAACAUCUUCGGAGGAUGACUCAAAGUAGGCCUGAACGAUAAAUCGUUUGACUAUCGUCAUCGCGAUGUACGUGUGUGCGAUAGUCACAUCGCAGAGCCUGCGAUAUUGGAGGUGAAUGAACUCAUUUAAUUUCAAGGGUAACCGACUGAGAUACACUCCAUGUGACUCUGCAUGUGCUGUGCAGCGAUCCACCAAUCGCCUUCGUCCGUAACUCAGUUGCCAAUCAGACUCACUUCUCAGUUGCCAAUCAGACUACCCUGCCAGCUGUCAAUCAAAAUCAGGGAGGAGGAAACCCACCCCUGCACAUGUUCUGCACAUGGAAGGAGACGUGUGUCCGCUGAGAAUUACUUUCGGAACUUUACUCAUGACUAUUAAGCCCAACAAAUAAGAACUGUAUGGGUUUUAAAUUGUACAUUUCCGUGGACCACUCUACUAUAAGCAGUGCGCGUUUUGCGAGGUGCAUGCAAUUCUCGGAGGACAUGCGUUUCUCAGCACAACACCGCUAACAACAACAACAACGAUCGCAAAAUGAACAUUGAACAAGCGAAAACCACCGAAAAUGAAGAUUUGUUGCCAAAAAGAAAAGGAAAGUCAGUUAUCUGGAAUUAUUUCGGUUAAAAGAAGGAUGAUGUUGACCAAAACACGUGUUCUGUGUUCAUCUGUCGCCACAAUAACGUCCCAGCACAAUAAAAGCUGAAAAUAUCUCUGAGACAGACAGAAGCCAUUCUACUAACAUUCACAAAAAGAGGUAAGAUCAGAGCAGAUUAACUGUCCUCAAGAUUUCAGCAGUGCAGCAUAACAUUAAGUGCUAUUCAGGUCAUCUGGUGAAAAUUCCUGUAUUUUUAAUAUCGCAAUAUAUAUCGCAGGGUUGAAAAAAUCGCAAUAUUAUUUUUUUCCAAUAUCGUGCAGCCUUAGCCCAUAUGUAGAGGCUAAACACGUCAGUCCAGAGCCAAGGCAAUCAUUAAUCUGCUUCUACCUGCCCUCAGUCUUUUGUUUCUGGUGUAAGUCAGGGCUCUGGAACCACCACAAACUGGGCAAACCACUUCUUCAUUAACCAGUUCAUCUUCAGAUAAACUGACACUAUAAAGAGUCUCUAUUAAACUGGACUAACAAACAGAGGUGAGGCAGCGUAAAGAAGACAGAAAAAUGUGCUUUUAUAACCUGCAGAGAUCUUUGGAAAGAUAAUGUUCAUAUUUGGGUGAUCAAACCAGUCAGUGAAACUCAACAGUGCUUUUGUUGAAACAGAGAAACAUGAUGAGAAUUCAGCCAGACGCAUAAUUCCUCAGUCUGAGAGCAGACGUGAUGUUUAGUCUGGAGGACCGAGGGAGGGAAACAGAUGAACCAGAGGAGAGAAGAGAAGACCUCGGAGACACAGAGAGGCGAAUAUCAAAACUUUAGAAACUUGCUGUCAGCUUAGAGAGAAAGCUCAGGAGAGAGGGGAGAAACUGGGAGAGAGAUAAACAUUCCUGAAAGAGUUUGGAAACUCUGAGCUGGAGUGACCUUCAUGUAAAAAUCAGGAUUAAAGCUGGAGGUGUUUCAGCUGCUGGAGAGGCGAUGCAGUGGAGUGUGACAGGAAGAGAUGAAAGAAAGUAAGACACGGGAUAAUCCACGUUACACACUCGAGAUGUGGUGAUCAAAGAAGGAUGUAGACAUCAGAGAGAGAGGGAGAGGGACAAACAGAUGGGGUUUCCCUUAACUUUUUACUCUGAGAAACCAUAAAAACAGAUCCUUAACUCUGCAUGGACAAACCUCUCAUUUUAUGACAGAUAUCUGAAAUCAGGCCAAUCAUUGUCUACACUGUCUAUACGGUUUAUUCAGGACCCAAAGACCUGGGCUGGGUUUUUGAAUAGAAGGGGUAGCAUCGAAAGUUUUCAGUGUUUGAAACACUAGAAACUACAAAAUGACAUUCAGCCUUUUAACUUUGAGCAGCAGAUAGAAUCCAGAAGCUUUAGAUUAAACUUUGACUGUUUGAAUCAAGCCGUAAAGAGGUGCUUUCAUGACUUUAAAGCCCUAUUUGAUGAAAAAAAAAAACGCGCUUCUGCAUGCUUUCUUAUAAGAAUUCUUUAGUUUAUCACUUUCAAAACACAACUUAGUCUUUUUCAUGGUUUCCUAGAAACGUCUUAACAUAAACACAACAAACUUAACAUGAUUUCGGCCUUUUUAAAGCUGCAGGAGAAAAUUUUGUGAUAACAUUUCAUCCUAAUUAUACAGCAAUGCAAACCUGCUGCUGCAGGAGGAAGAGGCAGUCUUUGAACAACAAUGCAUUCAUGUAUUUAUACUAUUAGGAACACACACUGGAAGUUAAACUGCAGUCUGCUCACCUGCACCUGAAACAGCUGCAGUGAAUCACUGAGCAGACAUUACAUUUAGACAAAGUCCGACUCAUGGAGGAGUUGCAGAGGCAAAGCUGCACAUUAUUCCUCAUCUGGAUCUGUAAGGUUGUAAUUGUAGGGUUACACAUACCUGUUACACCCUUGCGCACACACACACACACACACACACACACACGCAAAAGCACAUCUGUUCUGAGCGGCAGACACUGCUAGCCAAAGCACAUGACAUCAGCAUUACUCACAGGCUGGCUAUGUGUGUGUGUGUGUGUGUGUGCUUGCGUGCGUGCGUGCGUGCGUGCGUGUGUGAUCAUGCAGGGUGAAGUCAUUGCUGGUAUCGGCUUUAAAGAAUCAUUUCGUACCAGCAGCUUGUUCCCCCCGUUUGUUCGUUCAUUCGUACUUUCGUUCCUCGGUUUGUUACUGCAUGUCUGCUGGUGGAAACACAAACACCUCCACAGUCUGCGUCCUCGGCCAACAUAAAUGUUCCUGCAGUGUUUGAGUGUGUGAGUGAGUGUGAGUUCAGCUGGAGGGUACAGGUAUUUUUCUUUAUAAUUGAAUUGGGGAAAAGAUUGUUUCUCCUGAGUGAACAGGAGGUUCAGGAACACAAAGUUCAGAAUGUGAUGGGGCGACUUUUUCCUGAAACUGCAGAGUCAGAAGUUUAAACCUGUGCCCACCUGAGAUUAGCUGCAGAUUUCUAAUCCAAGAAGGGUUGAAAGAGAUGAUAGAAAUGAUCAAUUUAAAGUUUUUGUAUCUGGUUGUGAACAGAGUUAAAUGCAUGUUGAAUGCCUUUUGAUGGACCAGAGGAGUCAAAACAGAUGAAUUUUUUUUUUCUCACAGAUCUUUGUGUCGCGUGACGAAAAAAAAAAUCACAUUUAUGGAUCAGUGAGGGGAAUCUAAACUUUAGGUUCUUAAAAAGUAAAACAGAUGAAUUUAGUCCAACUCAGGCUGCAGCUAUAAUACCAAAGAAGUUCCGGUUGGUGGUGAAACUAAAUGAUAAAUCUUUGCACCAACCUCUAAUUUGAAUAAAUGCAUGAACAUUGAGAAUAUAUUUCUGACUUAAAAUUAUCAUUUUUGCAUCUGACUCUCGUCAUGUGUCACUCUGUCAUGUGUCAUUCCAAAACUCUCCACAUCCUGUCAGAGCUGAAGCUCUCAUGUGACAGAGAGGAUGUUUACAGAUCAGAAUUACAGAGAAAUAUUCCCACUUCCACUUUCCACAAAUUAUCAUGAGGCCAGCCGGCACGCAACUGUGUCUCUAACUACUUAGACUGUAAACGAAGAAAAACCCCAGAACAUUACUUAAUAUUUUUUAUUUAGAUUUUUUUAUAUUAUCAUUUAUCAUGCUGAUUGGUCAACGCAAUUUUUUUAUGUUCUUAGGAAUAAAAAUCCACUUAGGGAAACUUCCCUGCAGCCUGUAAUCUUGAGGAAAGACGCAUGAUUGAAUUUUCUGCUAUUUGAAAUAAAACUGUAUAUAUAGCUGUUGUAAUACAUACAUACUUGCAGACAAAGGCUGGGCGAUGCAUCCUAAAAGAUGUUAUGCUGUCACCACUUCCUUGUAGUCCAGGAAUAACCUGUCAUAGACGCCCACAGAAAUCACAGUGAUGCAGCUCCUCACAGAAGAAUAUAAAUAGAAUAUUUGUAUUGUAGAAUGUAAAUAUGCACAAGAGUUGUUUCACUGCUGCAGAUGCUUUUAUCUGCUAUUAACUGCUGUCUAGUUGUAUAUGAAAAAAUAUAUAUGUUUGUUUUGAGCUCACUUCAGUCUGGGGUUGACACUGAUCACCUGUCACAGCAGCUCUGAGUAAAGCUGUAUGUAGCUUUUUUGGAGGGUUAUUUUAUGAUCAUAAACUGGACUGUUGCAGCGCCACCUUGAGGUCAGUAAGAGUCAUUUUUUGUGCCUGAUUGGAGGGUGAAAUUUGCAGCCCACCCGUGUGUUUUGGUCAGACAGUUUUUGCUGAAGAAGAAGUAAGGGGAGGACAGGAACUGUGACAAUUUGGCUGCUUGAAGCCCUAAAAAGUGAAGUCAGAGUGAAAUUCUGGGAUAUUUUGGGACAUGGCGGACUCUUUUUAGUCUCUGGUUGCCUUCCUCUUCGCUGUGUUUCAGCUCUCAUUGAUUCUUUUCUUUCUUUUCUUCUGUCUGCCUUGCUCCGGCGCUCCCUCGCUCUCACUCAGUGAAUCAUGGAAAUUAAAUGAUUGAGUCUGUUCUGGCUGGCCUCCUAGACUUAUUAUGUAAACCUCUCUGUCUGGCUGUCUCAGCGCUGCUCAGUGUGUCAGCAGCCUGUGUGUGUAUGUGUGCGCGCGUGUGUUUGUCUGAGUUUGUUCAUUUCCUGCCCGUGUCUCUGUGCUUUUGUUUGUAAAAUCAUAAAGAAUAACUGAACUAGAUUUUCCUUUUUUCUCACAGUAAAGCAGCUGUGCUGAUAUGAUGUGUGCUUACAGAAGCCUGCGAGGAUCAAACUCUGCCUUUUGUGUUUUUCGGGCUGUGAUUGACAGCUGGCAUCGUCCCAGACCCAGAAACACUUUAAUCCUCUUGUACAAUAAACACAUGGCAAUUUGUCUCGUAAGAAAUGAUUUUUCCAAAGAAAGUCGACUCGGCUCUGACACAUGAGAGCAAGCUGCUCAAGAGCACUUCAGAAAAGGUUGCAACAUUUCCUGUUUGGCUGUAACCUGCCAUUAUUCUGUCUUGUGUUUCAUGCAUUUCUUGCUUUAUCUUUUCUUCCUCUCUUUAAUUAUAGAGUUUGAAAGAAGGAGGAGCUAUUUCAGGCUGACAUUCAUCCCUCCCAGACAGUGCAGUGUUUCUCCUCUUAGUUUUGGAAAGUCUCGACCUCAAACGGCCCCAAAUAUAUCUUUAAUUUCUCAUUAUUUUAGAGGGACCCAAUGUCACUUAGAGUUUGUAUUUUCCCAUCUAAAAAACUGCCAGACUGCUGAUGUUUAUGAGCCACUAGCUGCUGAAAUCCUCAGUCUCCUACCUCAGAGAGAAGAAACUCAUUUUAAGCUGUCAAUUCACUGAUUUGAGGUGAUUUAGGUUGUGGCGAAUUUGAACUUAACAUUUUGCUGAUGCUAACCUUGGCUAACCCUGCGCUGAACUUUGUCUAGACAAACAGGACUUUUCCUGCAGUCAAGGCUGUUUAAACUGAAAUAUAUGCACUGAAAAAUGAUAAAAAUGAAAUUUAUUUAUAAGUGCCUUUCUUGGACUGAAAAAUGGUCAAUGCUUGUUGAAAACAGGAACAUCACGGCCAUGUUGCACAUGCCAGUGUUGUACUCACUGCUCUGUUAAAGAACACCUGCAUACGUACAAGGUUAGGCCCCCAACUACAGGCGUGGCAUGCAUACUGCAGCCUUUAAAGUCAUUGUGGUGGAACCCCGUACACAUGAACCAUCAUAUGAAAGGAUUGUUUCAAAUACAGAAGCUGGUUUCAUAAUCAGAACAACUCUACCUCUGGGGCUUGGAUAGGCAUAUAAUCAGGGAUGAGUCAUGACUUUUAAAUUACAAAGGUUUUAUAAUAUCCUGUUCAUCUGAAAAUAUCACCCUCAUGUUUUUAUGAGCAGGACAAGCAGAAAAGACACAACUUUUCAUGAUGCUAAAUGCCUGGUCUGAACUCACCACCCUCAGAAUUUUCAAACCAACAUGGAUUAUUUCAUAUUUUUAUAUAAAGUGAUGGUGUCUACAGCUGAAUCACUUCACUUUUAGAUAAUUGGGUGAAUUUAACAACAACAAUAACAUGUAUUUUUACCAACCACACUAAGAGCAUGUACUCCUGUCUGCUUCCUUUUUCUUACGAACAGGCUCAUGGGUAAUGUAGUUUGCAAACUGCAGAUUUACAGACAUGGAUGGUGAAAACACUCAAACUGGUGCCUCUAAGUCAAACUAAAAAUAUAAAGAUAACAUUUAUUAUUGGGAAACAGAAUGGAGAGAACAUUUCAGAAACUUUAAGCUCUCUUGGAUAUUUUUGUCUUUUCAGCUCCCUCCUGACCUCCUGCGUUAUUCCCUCAUACUCUCGCUCCCCUCCUCCUUUCCUCUCUUCCUUCUUUCCUUCCUUCCAUCUUCCCUUUGAUUCCCACUCUCAGCUGUUCAUUGUUUCAGGGUCUAGACACACACAGACCUGAAAACAGUGGUCAUGCAUAUAUGUAGAUUCAUGCAGCGUGUGUGUCUGGGGGUCAGGGUCAUCGUCACUUAGGGGGGUAGUGUGUGUUCAUGUGUGUGCGUGUGUGCUCUCUGCAUAUAAUCUGCAUAUAAGACAGUGCUCAGCGGAGGCCCUUGCAGCCUGUUGGACCCGUAUUGUCCCAUUAAUUAGUCUGAAGUGGGAGCCGGUCCUGGGUGUCUGUCUCGCAGUGUGAAUAAAUCCAUACAGAGAGCGUCUGAGGACUGAGAGGCUGGUCUAUAAAUAAAGCCAAUGACUGUCUGCUGCUGCUGCUAUAUGCAUCUAGUGUCAGGAGGCAGUGCGCAGAAGAUGGUCUCUUGUUUUUCAUUAAUUAGUCUGAGACGGAGAGAAAACCCUGUGAGGCUGUCUGCUCUCCUAAAUACAUCAAUUGUCGUCUGUUUAAGUCGCUCCAAACAACUCCGUCUUGUUUUUCAUUAAUUGGUCUGGCUCAGAGGGAGGUAGAAGUUGGGUUGUCUAGUUUCCAAAUAUUCACAUUAACAUCUGAUUAUAUGACUCUCUGAGUGCGCUCAGGGUUAAAUCGCUGGUUUUCUCUAUGGAGUUUGGUGGCUUUAAAGAAAACUUUUUCAACGGCUUGUGGUGAAUUUAAAAAAGCAGCUGAAAUACUUUAAAAUGUCUAUGAAUUUUUUUUUUUUUUUCUAUAAAUCUUUCCAACAUUUUAAACAUUUGAGUCAAAAAUGGCACAAAGCCAAAAAUGUCCUGUGCUCUCAGGGUUAAAUCGCUGGUUUUCUUUUUGGAGUUUGGUCACCUAAAAAAGAAACCAAAGGGCUGGUCCAACUCAAAGGAUGUUACUCUUAAAUACAUUUAAAAAAACAGUUGCUCCUCAGAAAUGGAUUGAAUUUUUAUUGGACCAAAAGGAAACUUUUCUGCAGUCAAAGCCACUUUCACGGCUGCAGGAUGGGAUAUUUGCUGGGAAACAUCAGAAACUUUCUGACUCUAUAAGUCACUUUUUAGCCCUUUUGUUAUUGAUUUUGUUGACUGCCAAAAGGAAGCACCUUUCCCCUCUUAAUAAGAUGAUUUUUACAUUUUUUUUAAAUAGUUUUUAAACAACUUUAGCUGACAUAAACAUAAAUAUGUGUGCAUGCUACUUUUGCAUGGACCUAAUGCAAAGUUAUGAAGAGCUUUUCCAUCCUAUAAUAUCAGUCCUGUGUGAGUGAUUCAGUCCACGCACACGUCCAUGGCAUAUAGUUGUCAUUACUUAUUCAGGUAUUCAGAUGUAUGUAUGUAAAUAAAGGUGGGUUUGGGGGAGUUUUUGCAUAUGAAACCAACGCUGGGCUGCAUCUGCAGGGAGAGGAGGGUGCAGAGAGGCAGUCUGGGUGUCUGGGAAGGCAAAGGUCAGGGCUCAGGUCAGGAGGAGGCUGGAAGGGGGAGGGGUGAAAGGUUCAUUGUCACAGUGGGGGUUGGUUUUUGUUUGGUGCAUGUGUGUGUUUGAGUUUUAUUGUUUUACUACAGUUUCAAUCCAAAGGUUUAGUUCACUCUUAUUGUCAUAGUGAUGAUGCAUGUGAGUGACAAACAUCCAAAACAUGAUGCUGCAGGAUAAAUGUGUCAGCUUAUUGGUUGUAUUGAUUACCCUCAGUUUAAUUUGCUUUGUUUUAUAGAUUGAUGAAGUAAUGAGGCAUGUGCACAAGGUCAUGAUGAGGUUCCUCUUAUUGAUCACUUCAAAGUUAUGACAGUUAUGCUGCAAGCGGAUCUGAAGUAAAGCAGCAGAAUAACAGGAGGUGUUUGAUAAAGCCGCUGAGACUGACAUGAAGCAGCUGGACCCCAGUGUUCCUUACUCACUGAUAUAGAAAGCUUUGACUUUUGGGGUGCCAUCUUGUUUAGGUUAUUUCUGAGUGGAUGAAGUGUGUUCCUGCCAUGCACAGCCUCACAUUGUAAAUACUGAAAACAUCACGGAGUGUGACUAAGUGUGUCCUAGCCUCAUCUGAAACUCUGCCGAGACAUUAGUCAGGCAGUUAGCUGGUCUGAUCAUGACUGGGGAUGAAAAUUCUCUGCUAAUAAACCAAAAACCAAAACACUGAGUGAAAUUAUUAUGCCAAUUACCACUAUCUGUAGGUCUCAGAUUUAUUGAAAUACAUCUUCACUGCAGACAUGUAGGCCCUUACCCUGACAAGCACGUACUGACCGCAGUUUUUGCUUACAUCAGAAUCAGAAUCAGAAUGCCUUUUAUUGUCAUUAUACGCAGUACAAUGAGAUUAAAGCCACCCAUAUCAGUGCAAAAACAUUGGAGAAAAAAAAAAAAUAUAGAAAAAAGUAUAGAAAAUAUGAAAAGAGAUGAAUAGGAAGUAUAUACAAUGUAAACAUGUGGACCUGAGAUUCUUUUUACAGGAUAAUAUAUAUAAUAUAUAUAUAUCAUCACAACUUCCUUUUUCAGCCGAAAAUCUUUGGUGGUUGAAUUUUUGGUGCAUCCCUAAUCCUGACCCAGACCAGGUCUAGACAAAUGUCUGUGAGUCUGUGAGCCCCCCUCCCCAACACACACACACACACACACACGCAUGACAUAGAUGCUCAUGACCGUGGGCUUGACCCAUGCACGCACGCACACACACACACACACACACACACACACACACACACACACACACACACACACACCUGGGCUUCCCCGCAGUCUGUUUAGACAGAGCAGCAGGCUAGUGGAGCACACAGAGCCAGCACUCAGAUUUAUUGGCUCUAUUAUUUUAUAAUGUUGUGUUUUGUAAGCAGGUGAAAAAAAAACAAACAAACAUGAUUUUAAUGUCUGUGCUGCUGAAAUCAGUUUACUUACAAGUAAAGAGACUAAAGCAUAGCAGAGGGACCAGACCUGAAGCCUGGUUCUGGAGACCUCAUGUGUUCUCUGUCCUCAGUGAGCUGGUGUGAUUUGAACCUUGUAUCUGACCUUGUAUUAUUUUCAGGAGCUUUGAAUGUAAAAUCUGUAAAAAAGAGAGCUAAGAAAUAAAUGAAGCUUUUAGAAAGAAACAGUGCUGGAUGGUCAAAGACAUCACCUUUUGACACAAACCUUGUGGAGGGCAGUUUUUUUUAACUUUUUCUGAUAUUUUGCAGACCUCAAAGUCAGUGCAUUAUAAAAAGUGCAGAUCCAGAGUGAACUGAGUGUUUCUCCUCCUUCUCAGUCCAACACAAGCUGUAUGAAUGAGGUUUUUUUUUUUAUGUUUUAGCCUGCACUAAAGGAAUAAACUCUGAAUUUCAGGAAUGCCACCAAUGUUUCUGCACAAAUAUGAACACACAGUCUGUCAAAGACAAAAUCACAACUAAGGCGUUUAUUUUCCAACCUGCAGAAGCAGCAAAUGGAGCUGCAAAAGAGAAGUUCCUGUUGUGUGAAUGCUCUCAACCCUUUGCACCUCUGUCCUCUCGUGUAUGAAUAAAUGCCUGAAAAGAAAUGCACCUUAUAAGGUGAAAAACUUGCAACACAGACUUGAUUUAAUUGAUUGAUCAAUAAAUAAAGUUCCUCUUAUCUCUUAAUGUGACUUUGGUUCCCGGUUUAGAAAAAGUAGAAAAAAGAAAAGUGACUUUCUGCACAAAUGUUGCAAAAAGACCAAGGCCAACAAAUUCAGUCAUUUAGUGUAAAGGCUGGUUUUACUUCAGGCAGAAAUGUCCCAGUGUAUCAUUGUCAAACUCAUCAUGCAGUGAAAAGAUUUUAUGAAGGAUAUAUCAACAACAGGUCAACAAAAAUUAGAAAUGCAGAAAACCUGAAAUGCAAACUCAAACCAACUUCCCUGUCUCCUCUUCACCUAUCUGUUGCUUGUGCAGGGUGUGUGGGUCCAGUUCAUCUAGAGGUCUUUAGAAAGAGCAGAGGUGAAUGUCAGAUAACCUGAUCUCCUGCUGAGGAGACAGGCGACACUGAAGGAAACGAUUGUUACCGCAGGAAGUGACAUGGAGCCAACGCGUCUGUUUAAUAAUUUCCAUCGCACCUGAGCUGACAGCUUCUUGGCAUCAUCAGAAACUCAACCGCUGCUUGCUUUGUGACCAACAACGUCCCACACCUCGCUGAGUGAGAGGAGGCAAGGCCCUGCCAACUGGCACACUCACACACACACACACACACACACACACACACACACACACACACACACACACACACACACACACACGUAUAUUAGAGGCACUGAGCCAAUUUCCCAGCCUGUUUGCCAUCUAACCGUCCAUUAGGGCUUCAUUACCCGACCACAAACUCUCUCAUGGUAAACAUUAGUGACACUGAUGCUGCUGCAGAGGAAUCUGACUGUCUGCUGAACACUCAGAGUUUUGGAGUAAAACACACUUAAACUGAAUCAACAAAAGCAGUGCAGUACAGUGUAGGAGACAGAUUUCAGGAUAUGAUACUGAAAAAUGAACUAUUAUGUGAUAUAAGAUAGGAUACCACACUGUAGUACCAUCAUCAAUAUACACAAACCUAUAGAUUAGAUAGAUCAGAUAAGAUAUAAAUGACAAUAAACAUGCUGCUUCAAUAGAAAAAUGGGUUUUGUAAGCGAGACUUGAAAUACAUAUGUGUCAUGAGAACAUGUGAACUUCAAAUUUACCCUCAGCAAAACAUCAGUAAGAAAAAAAGUCCUUUGAAUAAAAAGGAAAAUAAAAGCGCUAAAAACAGCAGACAGAUAUAUGAGACACAUCUAUGAUAAUCAUGAGAAUCUGAUGACCAUGAUAAAUGCACUGUUACCUGGCUGUUUGGCUAAUUAACUGGCUGUGUAAAAUACUUGGUUCUGAUUGGUCAGAACCGCCUGAUUUAAGUGGACUACUGAUUGAAAUGUUUGUUGUGCAGGAGAGUGACAGUCAGUGGGCAUGAUAGCGCCACCAGCUGGGGAAUCCAGAACUUUCAUUAGGGUCUAGUCUUUCCCUGGUCCAGCAGAGUUCUGCCCUCUCUCUCUCUCUCUCUCUCUCUCUCUCUCUCUCUCUGUCUCUUGUUGGUUUUUGUCACAGGGAUCUUGUUUGGGUUUGUCAGUGAGUUGUUUUGUCUGAAGUGGAAGUUAUCUCUCUCGCUCUCUUUCUCUUCUCUGUCUCUCUCUCUCUUUCUCUCUCUCCCUCACACACACACACUCACAGAUUCAGACACACAAAAGGAGGGCGAGUUGUUUCAUGUGCAGAGACUCUAAAGAGGAAAGCUAUUUACAAAGCCAGGUGUUUCUCCUCUCUCUGCUGAGCCCACAGGUGAAGACGACACGUCUUCACCUGUGGAAACGGUGACUGUGGGCUGAAACAAAGCUUCAAAGUGCUGUUGGCCGUGUUGUCGGUGUGCUGCAUUUGUACAGCCAAUCACAUAGAUUCUUCUAAAGGUUUAAGGAGACUGAAAGUGUGUGUGUUUGUUCUGCAGGGGAUCACAAUUAAAUUUGAGAGGGGGAAAAUCCAUGAUUCCUGUGCUUGAAAUGUGUAAAGCUGCUUGAUAAGAGUAACAUCAAAGAUGAUACUGUUCUUUUAUUGAAGUAAGAAAAAGUCUUAGUUACAUAACUCAGCACUGAGAUCCUUCAAAUAGACCAGUAAUGCUCAAAUAUCUGAAAGAAAAUCCUCCUCAAAUGACAGCUGUGGUUAGCAGUCAUCAAAAACUGGCCUCAGUUGUUUUGAAAUCACAAAUUUAAGUAAUCUAACCAACUUUUGAUCAGGAUAAGGCACUUAUGAUGAAACUAAAUGGAGGAUGUUGUCAUGUGUUGUCAGGAUAUGAUUAGGGUUGGGUAUCGAGAAUCAAGUAUCGAUGGGGACCGGGACUAACAUUUAGAUUCUCCCGGAAUCGUUCAAAUUUUAAAAUAUCAGCUCCAAGUUUCGAUGCCGGAGUCUGCUGACUGGAAGAAAUAGCCGCCGAACACCAAUGAAGAAGACGCUGUGUAACACCAACGAGGACGGAGCAUAUGAGACGAAGCCACACAGAAAGAAAAGAGAGACAGAGAGAGAGAGUACAUUGCAACCCACAGCAAUGCAGCCGCUGUCCUGACCUUUGUUGGUCAAAAGUUUGGCUAACUUUAGCAGGAAGAAUAAACUCUUAUCUCAAUGCACCAUUAGCAAUACAGUUAUAUCAUGCAAAGGAGGGUAAACGACCAACAUGAUUAAACACCUCAGGAUUCACUCAGAAAUACCUGAGUGCUCAACUUUGACGCGCUUCGCCGGUGUUGUGCCAUAGAAUGCACCUCUGCCAUAGAAUGCACCCCUUGACGGGAGUGCGGUUGAAAGUACAUAACAAGGCAAAAUAAUCCAAGUUUUUCUUACCAUUGGAUGGAAUCUAAAGCGUGUGCCUUUAAUGAUUUCAUUCAGACUAUUCAGAUAAGCCGAAAACAAUAGCCCUCUGAUUCGGAAUAUUUGCUGUCCCAAUAAUAUAAUUUUCUCUAACUUGACAGCUUACUGUACAGUCUAUACACCCAAGUGCACCUCUAUGUGUGCAUUUUUGAGACACAUAAUAACAAAACGAAAGCUUACUGCUCCAUUUGACACGUUUUCAUUAUCUAAUACCCGUGUUUUUUUAAAUAUGAGAUCAUAUUUCUUCCACUUUAAGAAGCUAAUGAGUGAAGGGGUGCAUUCUACAGCACAACACCAGUCUUCCGCUAACCAGCCAGAAUUAGAUAAGUGAAACAAUAAAUUACUUCUGUCCUUUGCUAACAUUAAAGCGGCAAACAAAUUGCACUGUGUACGGUGGGUCAACUUAAAUAUCCAACUAACAUUAGUACUUGUACUUUUUCAUAGACAAACGACCUGACAACAAAAAUUGAUAUUUAUAUCCUGGUUGAAAAUAGCCCUGUGAGACAUUCAUAGUAAAGUUCUUAAAAAGUGAAUAGAAUUUGAAAAUUCAUGGAGAAGUUAAGAAAUUUCAUCUAAAAAGAAGAGCCUCGGUUAGCACCCUCAUUCAAACCGUGCAUUUUUUUUAAUAUCCUGCCUUUUAAAAGAAUCGAAAUAGAGAAUCGAUAGGAAUCGGAAUCGAAACAAGGAAUCGAAAUCGGAAUCGUUCAAAAUCAAUCGAUACCCAACCCUAAAUAUGAUGCUGCUGAAGGUGCAAAAAGGUGCCAAAUUUUUCAACUUACACCUUAAAGCAGCUUCACAGUCAUAUGUACAAUAACCUCUGACAACAUAACGGACUGCUGCUGCGAGGCUGGAUGAACAGAAACAUGUUAGUAUGAGAAUCUUAAAAAUGAUAAAAACGAGAUGAUUGGAUCAUUUCUGAAGACAAUUCCUGAAACACUGAAGCAGAGAGAGUCUGAAAGAGUCUGCACAGCUGCUUUGGACUCGUCUGAAGAGUGAAAUAUUGAUACAGGGAACAGGCAGGCUCUUCAGACGUUUUCUCUAGGACACACACGCACAAACAGGCUGAACACACAUGCUCCAGAUGACUCUAUAGCAUAUCAGCAUUACUCAGAACAUUUAAACAAAUUCACAGGAACUGAAGCCAUGCCUGAAUCUAAGUUACAGUGCAUCCAGAAAGUAUUCAUUAGGGCUGCAACUAAUGAUUAUUUUGAUAAUCGAUUAAUCGGUCGACUAUUUUAAUAACUAAUCGAUUAAUCGGAUAAACACAAACUUUUUUUUUUGCUUUUGUCGAAGAGUGAUUGAAGAUAAUUAUUAGUAUAACAAGCUAAUAAAUACAAUGGAGUAUGAGGGCCACAUUAAGAAAGAAAAAAACAUUUUUAAGUCUUUGAGAUUAAAGUUAUUAUUUAGGAGAAUAAAGUCAUUAAUGACUUUAAGAAUAAAGUAGUAAAGUUACCUGUUGUGGAGGAGAGUUGCUAAAAUCAGCACUGAGGAGCAUUUAGAUGAAUUGUACUUAAGUAUAGGUUUCACAAACAUGGAGAUACUUAAUCCUUUGGUACAUCAGCAUUACACUGUCAUGAGUAUCAGAACUUUAAAAAGAAUAUAUGAGAAAUGCUGCUUUUGUGGAGGGGAAAUGGCUGUACAGAGGCUAAAUUCAUCAAUGCAGCUGUUAAUAGCAAUAGCAUAUGAGUUUAUAUGCCAUGAGGUGUUGAGGUCUCUGCAUGUGUAGGUUACUGACUUACUGUAAUCAUCGGGUCUAUCUCGUCCUUAUAAAAACCUGCUCUAUUUCGGCGAGUGUCUGUCUUCUUCUGUAGUCAAACCGCAAGAUAUCAAAAUCUACCCGGAUACAGCAAUGCUGCUUUUUGAUUGGCUGUUCAGUAGAUAUACUUUAUUUGAUUUGCUUGCGCGUGGCACGCAGCUUCUGAACUCUCGGAGAAACUCAGUUGAUUUCCACCUGUUCCAUAGUUAAAGAAGUGCAACUUGGUGGACGUCACCAUGUUCAUUUAAAUGCGUGAAAAAUACAAUGUGUGGUGUGUGAGCGUGUGAACGGGUGGGAAUGGGUGUGUCACACGCUGAAUGCGUGAGACUUGAGAGCCCUGUGCUCACGCAUCAUCGAUGUACUCCCGUGCCAUGCAAAAUGGGCUUUGCAAAUGUUGCACUGAACGCCUUCCUUUUCAGUCUUGGUAAAGUUUUCCCACACCAUGGGUUGUGUCCAUGUUUUUCUCAGCCGCUGCCUCGGCCAUGGCUGUUUCUUUUCUGUGCGUCCUGCUGAUGUUUACACGCCGGUGUCCAUGGACAUAUAUAAAGACCCGACGAAUCGAUCACAGAAUUAGUUGGCAACGGAUUUUUUCAUCACGACGAAUCAACUUAAUCGAUUUGUUGUUGCAGCCUUAGUAUUCAUACUACUUCACUUUUUCCAUAUUUUGUUAUGUUACAGCCUUAUUCAAAAAUGGAUUAAAUCCCCUUUUUCCCUCAAAAAUUCUACACAAAAAACCCCAUAAUGACAAAGCGAAAAACUUUUUUUUAGAACAUUUUGCAAAUUUAUUAAAAAUAAGACCACUCAAAUGUUGCAUAUACAUAAGUAUUCACACCCUUUACUCAAUACUUGGUCGAAGCACCUUUGGCAGUGAUUACAGCCUCCAGUCUUCUUGUGUAUGUUGCAACAAGCUUGGCACACCUGGAUUUGGGGAGUUUUUACCCAUUCCUCCUUGCACAUCCUCUCAAGCUCAGUGAGGUUGAAUGGGCAGCGUCGGUGCACAGCUACAUUCAGGUCUUUCCAAAGAUGUUCAAUCGGGUUCAAGUCUGGGCUCUGGCUGGGCCACUCAAGGACAUUCAGAGACUUGUCCUGAAGCCACUCCUUUGUCUUCUUGGCCGUGUGCUUAGGGUCAUUGUCAUGCUGGAAGAUAAAAUGUGGUCCCAGUCGAAGGUCUUGAGUGCUCUGGAGCAGGUUUACAUCAAGGAUUUCGAUGUACUUAGCUGCAUUCAUUUUUCCAUCGAUCCUGACAAGUCUUUCAGUUCCUGCCGCUGAAAAACAUCCCCACAGCAUGAUGCUGCCACCACCAUGCUUUACUGUAGGGAUGGUAUUGGCGAGGUGGUGAGCAGUGCCUGGUUUCCUCCAGACAUGACACUUGGCAUUCAGGCCAAAGAGUUGGAUCUUCGUUUCAUCAGACCAGAGAAUUUUGUUUCUCCUGGUCUGUGAGUCCUUCAGGUGCCUUCUAGCAAAGUCCAAGCGGGCUGUCAUGUGCUUUUUACUGAGGAGUGGCUUCUGUCUGGCCUCUCUACCAUAAAUGCCUGACUGGUGGAGUGCUGCAGAGAUGGUGGUCCUUCUGUAGGGUUCUCCCAUCUCCUCAAAGGAACGCUGGAGCUCUGUCAGAGUGACCGUCGCGUUCUUGGUCACCUCCCUGACCAAGGACCUUCUCCCCCACUUGCUCAUUUUGGCUGGGCGGCCAGCUCUAGGAAGAGUCCUGGUGGUUCCAAACGUCUUCCAUUUCUUAAUGAUGGAGACCACUGUGCUUUUUGGGAUCUUCAAUGCAGCAGAUAUUUUUCUGUAACCUUCCCUAGAUCUGUGCGCUGAUACAACCCUGUUUCGGAGGUCUACAGACAAUUCUUUCGACUUCAUGGCUUGGUUUGUGCCCUGACGUGCUCUGUCAGCUGUGGGAUCUUAAAUAGACAGGUGUGGCUUUCCAAAUCAUGUCCAAUCAGCUGAAUUUGCCACAGGUGGACUGCAAUCAAGUUGGAGGAACAUUUCAAGGCUGAUCAGUGGAAACAGAAUGAACUUGAGCUCAAUUUUGAGUUUUAUAGCAAAGGGUGUGCAUACUUAUAUAUAUGCAACAUUUGAGUGUCUUAUUUUCAAUAUAUUUGCAAAAUGUUCUAAAAAAAAGUUUUCGCUUUGUCAUUAUGGGGUAUUUUAAUUUUUGAGGGAAAAAAAGGAAUUUAAUCCAUUUUGGAAUAAGGCUGUAACAUAAAAAAUGUGGAAAAAGUGAAGUGGUAUGAAUACUUUCCGGAUGCACUGUAAAUUCACACACACACACACACAUACAGGGUCAGACAUUUAGAGCAUUCAGACGUUGUUGUGUCUAGCCGUGUGUGUGUGUGUGUGUGUGUGUGUGUGUGUGUGUGUGUGUGUGUGUGUGUGUGUGUGUGUGUGUGUGUGUGUGUAAGGACCGGCUGAGCUGGUUUUAGUUUGGCAGUAAAACACUGUUUGAACAGAAACAGCAUGUCUGGCUCACACACACACACACACACACACACACACACACACACACACACACACCUGCACUCUCAGAAAACAGGUUUGUCCUUGAAUCUUUUUUCAGGAGGAGUUUUUUUUUUUUUUUGCCACGUUAGAUUCUCUGAUUCAAAUCCUCUCCAUGUUUUAAUGAGGACCAGAAACUGUGAGGAGCUCAAACCACAGACUAAAACUGAACUGAACUGAAGACAAACUGAAGACAGAGUAUUGAGUGUUUUCAAAUAUUAAUCUUUAAUUUGUGUGGAAAAGGUUUGCAAAAAUACAUGGUCAUAAAGACAGCGGUUACUGUUGCACAGUAACAGACUGUUAGAAAGUCAUGGUCUCAGUGAUUUUUCUUUCACCUUCUAACACACUGAAGUCAACUCAGGCUUUUGGAUAAGUGGUUCAAACAUCAGAGAAAAUGCUCAACUCUUUUUUAUGAUGUAGAAGAAUGUGAAUAAAAGGUUUGAAAUUAAAAAUUUUAAUUUUCCAAUUAAAAGAAUUCCAACAUAAAGAAUAAAAUUUUUUGAAUUUUGGGAUUCAAAAAGCAGAAAUAUAGGAAUAGAGGACAGAAAUAUCAGUUACAUGUAAAAGUUAUUGGAUAAAAAGAAAUGUAAAUUAUAUUACUUAAGUGAAAUUUAAGGAUGAUAUUAAAAAAUUAAUUUAGGGGAUAAAAGUGUAAUUAUAGAAAAUUAAAAAAGACUUUUCUGGAGAAUGGUCAGAAUUAUAAUAUAAAAAGUAGCAACAGUAUUCAGGAUAUUAAAAUUUGGUAUAAGAAGUAAAACAUUUGUGGACAGAAAUUCAAAAUUUUCAGACAGACAUUUAUAAUGAGAUUUAAAGUCAAGAUUUAAAAAACUAAAACAACGAGUGAGAGUUUAAUCUUUAAGGUUUUAAGAGACAGAAACACUUUAGGACACAGACAAUGUCAUCUUAAAUAUCAGGGAUAGAUCACAGGUCAUGUGAUGAAGGUGUGACGGUUCUAUUCCCUGGCUUUAGGACACGAUAAUAGCCUUUAACGCCUGUUACCAACCUGAUGCACUGAGAAUGUGAGUGUGUGUAUUUUUGUACAUCCGCUGCAGACUGUUAAUGGUUACUGUUAUGUCUGGUAUCAUACUGGAUCAGAGCCAUAACACAUGCACUCACACACACACACACACACAAACGUCUGCAUGUGACCCGGCCUGUGCGACUCUGUCUGACUUCCCUCUCGCUUUCACAUUCAAAUGAAUAGCAGUGUGAGUGUGUGCGCGCACUUGUGCACAGGUCUGUGUGUGUGCGGGGUUGCGAGGCGACAGGGGGAGUCUAGCUCCUUCUGGCUAGAAUUCUAAUGAGUGUAACACACAUACAUACUUACAAACACACACAGACACACACGCACACACUCACAAACACACACACACACUCAGAGAGCCAGACGAGCAGCUGAUAAUGAGGUUUGAUUUUCAUAUGUUUCAGACAGAAUGCUUUGCAGGUCAGCUCCUACAAAGAGAAGCAGUGUGUGUCUGUGUGUGUAUAAAAGUGUGUUUUGGUCUUCAGCUUGUUGGACAUUACAUAUUCUCAUUUUUUCCACAGUGAAUGUAAAUGACCAUGAAAGCGAGGUGUGUGGUGUCUGUCUUAAAUGUGUCUGAUCUCAGCAGGUCUGCCUGGUUUGUAUUUAUUUGAUAGAAAUCCUUAAAUUAGAGCCAGACUUCUGUCUGCGGUCACAUUUAAAGGCCAGUUACCCAAACAGGAGAGUUGUAACCCUCUGUGGAUGUGUCACUCUGCUCUGUCAGACUCUGGGCAGUGUCUGAAGCUCUGAUGGCUAUUAUACACUUAUCUGCAUCAUAAAUGUGCUGCUCUAUAGAGGAGCCAACAUGCUGUUUCAUAUUCUAGAGAUAUAUAUGGAGUUUAAACCUCAAAGUCAGUUCUAAAUUUGGGCGGAGUUUCAGACUCUGAGGUAAAGGUGUAUCAGAGUAAUCCCAGGGUGAGACUGCAGGCUGCUCUAAGCAGUCCAUUUAAAAAGUAAUUGGAGCAUUUGAACAAAAGCUACAGGAUAUUUUUCCCAAUCAUGACAGUGCGUUUUUCGGAUUUCUUUAAAAGAGCAAAAUAAAGGAAACACUCACUAAACAGAAACAUCCCACUCUGUUCUGUAUUUCCAGGGAGGUUUGGGCCAGCUCUAACAUUUCCAGCUCAGAUUUGGGGUUCAAAACAGACAGCCAUACUUCUAGCAUUUUAAAUCGAUGAACACAAUGUUGAUCCAUGGCAACAGUUGAAGAAGCUUCCAGAAUGCUUGGUUCUGGAAUCUUAGAUCAAAUUCUUGGCUCAAGAGUGCCAGGUCUCUGGAAUGCCGUGAUCCAGAGCAAUAGGUUCUGGAAUGUCUUGAUUGAGAGCGUCAGGUUUCGUGAUGCUGAGUUCAAGAGUGUUGGGUUCCAAAAUUCCAGAAGGUUGGAUUCAGGAUAAUGUGUUCCGGAGGCUUGUUUUCCUGAAUGCUGGGUUCAAUGAUGUCUGGCAUUCUUGAACACUAGGAUUCUGGAAUGCCAGGUUUCAGAUUUCCAGUUUUUCACAGUCCAAAAUUCUGGAUUGCUUGGUUUACUGAACAAUGGGUUCUACAAUGCUUGGUUCUAACAGUGCUGGGUUCCAGACUGUUAAAUUCCUAAAUGCUGGGUUUCUUAUAAUGCUAAGUUUCAGAGCUAUGGGUUCCAGAAGCUUGUUUUCCUGAGUACCAGGUUCUGAAAUGUUGGGUUACCAGAAAGCUUGGUUUCUCUAAUGGUCAGUUUUUGUAAUGCUUGAUUGCAGAGUUCUGGGUUCCAGAGUGCCUCUUUUCUAGGGUACUAGGGUACUAGGAGUUUUAGAAUGCUAUUCUUUGGGGUUCGGGGGUUCAAGGGCCCUAAGUUUCUAGACUAUUGAGCUUAGGAAUGAUGGGUUCAGGAUUGCUUGGCUCAAGAGUGUUGGGUCCCAGAAUACCAGGUUUUUGAAACGAUGGGUUCCAAAGACCUGGUAUCCUGAGUGCUGGAUUCCAAAUGUUUGGUCUCCAGAGUUCCAGGUUUCUGGAAAGUCCAGAAGCUUGGAUUCAGUUCUGGUAUCAGUAUUUUAUGGCCAGUAUGAACCAAAAGCUCUCUGCUGAGAACAUCCCCUAAUGUCUCAAAUCAAUCAAGAUUCCUUCAGUCGUUUCAGAAGCAAGUAAAUGAAGUCAUGUCUUUUUUCCUUGAUCGCAUGAGCCGUGUCCUGUGUCAGUGUCAGUGACCCACUCACUGAUAGCAGUAGCAUUGCUAACGUUCCAGACAGGACUCACAGUUAAACGUGGGAGUUCCCUGGAUUAGCUGGCUAAAUUUGGACUCGCGCUCCUCUCUCUGUCUCUCUGACUGAUCGGUCUGUUCCCCCCGUCCUACUCCAGAGAGCUCUUCGUAUCUCAGCUGCACACUGCUCUGUUUGUGCUGUUACUGUACAUUCAUAUUAAACUGCCUUAGACUCACUCAUGUUGGAAUAUAAAUGCAGAAAAGUUUGGAAAAAUGACUCUGAGGGAAAAGGAUGGGAGGUCUAGUUUAGGUGUCUGCAGUCUUAUGGUUCAGGUCCAGGUGAUAAGUCCUUUUUCGGCAGGACUAAGCACCUGCCCAUAGCACCAAAAUAUCUUCAAAAUUCACGAGACUAAGAUUUGUGCCUCUGUGCCUCUACUGAGUUAAAUCUCAAAGUUUGUCAGGUAGUAAUGUGAGGACUUGAUUAGAGGCAUUUUGAGACUUAAUUAUACUUAGAUGUCAUUAAAGUCCCUCUAAUAAAGUAUUUUGAAGACUGAAAGCCUUCAUUAAAAGAGUUUAUUAGUCGAUUAAAGCAUAAAAAUAAAAUUAACUCUGAUUUUCAGUAUUGCACUAGUUCAGGGAAGACAGGAAUAAACAGCUCAUAAAGAGAUAAAUGCUGAGGUAUCACAACUGACCUUUUCAACAAAACACACUUGCACACACACAGCAAAGCAGGAACACACACCUCCCUCUCUGUUUUUUCCUACUGGUGAAAGCAACAGUGGGAGCUUGGGGGACCAAAGUUCCCACACUUGUUGGCUGCACCAUGACCAUGGCUUCCAAAGUCAGUGCGUGUGUUUGUGUGUCUCUGUCUCUGUGUGUGUUUGCCUGUCUGUCUCUCUCUCUCUGUGUGUGUGUGUGUGUGCAUAUGUACGUGUGUGUAUGUGUCAGAAAGAGAGAGACCCCCCCCCCCUUGUUUUACCCUGUCUAGCCUUUCUCAUGGAAAUUGGCAAGCAAGCAAUUUGUGUGCACCUAUGACCUAUAAGCCUCUCUCUUUCUCACACACACUCACACAGCUACACAAAUGCACAUGCACGCACACACACACACACACACACACACACACACACACACACAGCUGUCUGGGCUAUUUCUGACUACACAGACUGUCGAGUCAUCCGAGGACUUAGAGGAGGGGGUGAGGGAGGGAGGCAUUUGUGAGCCUCUCUCUCUUUCUCUCUCUCCCUCUGUCUGAUUUUGUUGCUUCUCUCGAACCCUUUCAUUCUCUGUUUUUCCUUUUCUUUCUCUCUGCUUCAGCUGCUUCUUUCCUCCUUGUUUUAUUUUCUUUUUCUAUUUUCCUUCUUUGGAAAAGGACACAGGGUACUCAGGAAGCUGCAACUCUGAAACAGAAACUGUUCAAACGUGUGUUUUCACCCCUUGCACUGAGGGAAAGUAGGUGUAAUAACAGUAUGUGCUUUCUUUCCAAGUUUGCAAACCAUUUCAAGUCAGAAUUUCUGUGAAAACAAAGCUAGGACUGUAGAUCACAUGUUUGAACCCUGAAAAAGUAUUGUUUUACACACACACACACACACACACACACACACACACACACACACACACACACACACACACAUAUAUAUAUACAUAUAUAUAUAUAUAUAUAUAUAUAUAUAUAUAUAUAUAUACACACACACACACACACACACACACUACAGGCCAAAAGUUUGGAAGCAAGAUCAGAUUUGUACAAAAAAGAUCAUAGUUUCCUAUAUAUAAUUUGCAACACAAUAAACAUGACUAUUGUGUAAAGAGUAAGUUAUCAGAAGACAUUUUGACUAUAAUUAUUAGGUAUUUGAGUUAUUGCUGCUCAGACUUUGCUUUCUUUAAAGUAACCUCCUCUGGCUUUAACAACAGCUUGGCAUAUACCAGGCAUUCGUUUCACAAGUUUUUUAAGGUAUGUUCCAGGGAUUGCAUUCCAAGCUUUCUUAAGUUCAUUAAAAAGAGACUGCUGAUUCGUGGGACACGUUAUUCUGACCGAUCGAUCCAAUUCAUCCCGCACAAGCUCAAUUGGAGAAAGGUCUGGAGACUGAGGGGGCCAAACCAUUUUGAAGAACACUUUCCUCUUCUUUUUUGUCUAGGUAACCCUGACAAAGCUUGGCAGAGUGCUUAGGGUCAUUGUCUUGCUGCAAAACAAACUUAUGAGCCACAAGUCUGAGUCCAGAUGGAACAGCAUGGUGCUGGAGGAUGGAGUGGUACUGUUCCUUCUUCAUGAUACCCUUUACAUCAAACAAAUCUUCUACUCUAUCACCUGCAAAACAUCCCCAUACCAUGGAACUGCCACCUCCAUGCUGAAUUGUGGGUGUAACACAUGGAGCUUUCAGACGUUCACCAGUUUGUCUGCGGACAUAGACUCUGUGUUUUGAACCAAACAGUGCAAACUUGUUUCUAGUCAUCAUAAGUCCAAUUUUUGUGAGCUUUUGCACACUCAUAUCUCUUUUUCUUGUUCUGUGGACGAAGUAGUGUUUUUUUUGCAGAUACACAACCCUUCAGACCAGCUUUUCUAAAAUGUCACUUCACGGUUGUCAGAGAUAUGGGUUUCGACCUUGUCAUGUUGAUUUCCCCCCUUAUUUUUGGUGCUGUCUUUUGUCGAUCUCUCUUACUGGUGACAAUGCUAUGUUUAUCCUCUGCUUUUGUAGUAUCUCUCUUUCGUCCAGGUCUUUUUCUAUCAUCAUAACUUCCAGGCUCUAGUCUCUUCAGAGUGUAUAGGACUCCUUUGUUAAACACCUUUAGGCAUUUUGCAAUUUCUCUUUCUGCGUAUCCUUCUUUCCUCAAUGUACAAAUCUGUACUUUUGUUUUUUUACUCAGUUGCAUCUUUCUAGCCAUUUUUGGGGUAGUUUGAACGCAGUUGAGAUUUAUUAGGAUUUUUGUAUGCAGACUCUCAAAAGCCAAAAAGUUGAAGUGAAUAAUCAACUGUGAUUUGUUUUUUUGCUUUUGCACUGAAAUUGUGACUUGCAAAUAUUUUCAACCCUAAAACUAAGCCCUUAUUAUCUUUUGCUGACAUAUAUUUAGCAAUGGUCUGUUAACAUCAAUGUAUAUCUAAAGGUAAAUGGAGUAAAAUGGUGCAUUUCCAUGAAAGCAACAUCUGAUCAUGGAGUAAAUACAUCCCAAAAUACAUAAAACUCAUGCUGGAUUUUAAAAAAGCAUUGUGAACAAAAAACUACUCCCAACUGUUCGGCCUGUAAUGGCCUUGCUUCCAAAUUUUUGGCCUGUAGUGUACACACACACACACACACUCAAAUAUAUAUAUAUAUAUAUAUAUAUAUAUAUAUAUAUAUAUAUAUAUAUAUACAGGGUUUUUCCUGCGUUCAAAAUUGCGUGGCGGCCGCCUCCACCUAAUUUUGUGCCGCCCCCGGCCAGAGCGAUUGAUUUCGCUCAACACAGCGUAAAGCUCCAGCUGUGUUGAUUGAGCGAUUGAUGUCCCGAUGCAGCAGCAACGUAUUUUAACUGCAGUUGCAGCGUUGCGCCACUAUAGAGGCGCUAUAUCAACAGCAGUGCACCGGAGAGACCUGAAGCAUCUACCGAAGAAGAAACGGAUCGAAUCAUGUUUUUUCAAGUUUUUUUCCCGCUAGUUGGUGCUAUCGGCGACCUGAUUUUCCCUGGCGGAUGGUACAAACAGGUAAAUACUGCUUCUCUUUUUUGCAUCCAAGCAUGUCGUGUUUAUUUAAAAAAAAAAAGUUUACUCCGUUUUUAGCGUUGCAGUUAUGACAGGCAAAAUCAGCCAGUACUUUAAAAAGCGACCUCGCGAGGAGGAAAGUCAAGAGUCCAGGUGAAACACAGCAGAGAAAAAACGUAACAGGCAGUUAAAAUGCUUUAAUUCAUGUUGGUGACAACGUGGAAAUUUGUGUCAGGUCUGAAAGUACUUCACAAGGGACUGGUGAUCGCGAGGGUCAGAAUGCAGGACAGGACGAGUCGGCGAGGCGAGGGUAAUUAAUUAAUUAAUUAGUUUCCAAUUAGGAGCAUAACAACGCAAAGCCGACGUGUACGUGGUUUUUAUUCCUCUUUCCAGAUCUUCUCAAAAACACAGAGCCAGUGGCUUUGACAAGCAGUGGCUCAAUCAAUUUACCUGGCUCAGGCAUACUGAGGAAGGCAUGCACUGCUAUUUAUGCCAAAAGCACUGUGCCCCAACACAGCAGGCAAUUGCUGCCUCCUUAGUGAGACAGCCAUCAACCAACUACAGGCUGGACACAUUAAAAAGACAUGAGGUGACAGCCAUUCACAAAGCAGCAGAAGAGAAGGAGAAGUAUAUUAAAGAUGGUAGUACCUAAAAAAAACUCAACUAAUAAAGUUACAAAAAAUAAAUAACAUAGUUUAGAUAGUUUAAGAAAUAAUUGGUUGUCGUUUUUUUUUAGGGAGGACACUGCAGCGUAUACAUAUAUAUAAUAUAUGAUUGAAAACACUAUCACUCUUCAUGUCUGUAUCAGAAUAAAAACAAAAAUACUUAAUGCAUGAUGAAUUGUUUUGUUUAAGGUGAAGACACCUCUGCGGAACAGACUGAAGGAGAGGCACUUGGAUGUCUGUUGUAAGGUGGCCGUUGAUGGACCAGACCAGGAGGCCUUGGACUACAAGGAGUGCAUGAGGAGGUUCUACAGAAUGAAAAAGAGGAGGCUGAAAUGUUCUGUCUGGUUGCGAGAUGUGUGGAUGAAGUGUACUUUCAAUUUAAAGUUGCCAGCUGAUUUGUGUAUGUAUAUAGUUUUAAUAAAUGAAUGCUUUAACAUAAUAAUGGUCACACUCUUUUUUAAACUCUUAACUUAAAGUAUGUUGCCUGUAAAAGAAAGUGAAUCGGUUGAAUUUACAAAUACAUGCACGUCGUGGCGCAUGGUCAGGAUGGUGCCACCUCUGCCUCAAUUUGAGCCAGGAAAAACCCUGAUAUAUAUAUAUAUACAGUACAGGCCAAAAGUUUGGACACACCUUCUCAUUCAAUGCAUUUUCUUUGCUUUCAUUACUAUUUAAAUUGUAGAUUCUCAAAACUAUGAAUGAACACAUGUGGAAUCAUGUGCUUAAGAAAAAAGUGUGAAAUAACUGAAAACAUGUUUUAUAUUUUAGAUUUCUCAAAGUAGCCACUCUUUGCUUUUUUGAUAGCGCUGCAAACUUAAGCUGUUCUCUCAAUGAGCUUCAUGAGGUAGUCACCUGAAAUGGUUUUUACUUCACAGGAGUGCCUGAAGUAACCCUGACAAGGCACUUCUGUCAUCAAGAGCAAAGAGUGGCUAUUUUAAAGAAACUAGAAUAUAAAACAUGUUUUCGGUUAUUUCACACUUUUUUUAUAAGUACAAAAUUCUACAUGUGUUCAUUCAUAGUUUUAAUGCCUUCAGUAAUAAUCUACAAUGUAAAUAGUCAUAUAAAAAAAUAAAGAAAAGACAUUGAAUGAGAAGGUGUGUCCAAACUUUUGGCCUGUACUGUAUAUAUGUAUAUAUAUAUAUAUAUAUAUAUAUAUAUAUAUAUAGUUUCUGCUUAUUUUCAAUCAAUCAAUCAAUCAGUCUUUAUUUAUAUAGCACAUUUCAUACACAGCAUGUACCACAAAGUGCUUUACAUAGAAAAAAGGAAUAAAAGAAACAAAGAAUAACCAAAUCUACCCCGACCCAAGAUUAAAAGAAUACCCAAAUCUACCCCAGCCCCAUCCCUCAUUCCCACCCCACGAUCUUAAUGCAUCAGAAACAGUAUUAAAAUGCAUAAACUUAAAAAGGGCUUUGUUUCGUGGAAACAGGAAUGUGCGCACUGAGGAAAUGGCAUUUUAAACUCAAGAUAAGGAAACACUGGAAGUUUAGGUUAAAAUCUAAAAACAAAGUAGCAUAGAAUGAGAUUUAAGAAAUAAUAAAUAAAAUAAAAUAAAAACAACAGUAAAAUAUGCUAAAAUAGGAGCACCAAAAUAGCUCAAUAAAAGAUUAUGUUUUUGUGAUUAAAACUAGAAUAGAUAAAUGCUAAAUAACCUCAAGUUAACAAUAUAAAAUUUAGUUAAAAGCAAGACUAAAAAGGUAUGUUUUCAGUUUGCUUUUAAAAUCAUUAAGAUUAGGUGCAGUCCUCAGGUCUUCAGGUAAGCUGUUCCAUAGACGGGGGCCAUAGUAAUAAAAAGAUGCCUCACCUUAUGUCUUGGUUUUAACUUUCGGUAUUGUUUACAGAGAACUCCCUGAAGACCUGAGGCCUCUACCUGGCUCAUAAGGUAAAAGUAGAUCAGAUAAAUAAGAUGGGCCAAAGCCAUUAAGAGCUUUAAAAACAAAUAUAGCAACCUUAAAAUCUAUUCUAAAUCUAUUCUGUUCUUUAGAUAUUAUAGUUUGAAAAAGUUGUUCCAGGUUCUUGUUUCUAAUCGUUUGUCCUCAGCUCUUCUUUCACCAACCCUCUGUAGACCUUAGUGAACCCGGCAGACCAGGUUCUGGAUGGUGUCCCAUUCUUGCUCCUAACCUCAUUCAUGCAGUGAUGUUCACAGAUUAUGGUUUUUGGAGGUGAUUUCCACUAUAGAGUCCUGCCCAUUGUCCUGAAUAUAGCUCCCACACUUCUGACUUGUUUCUCCUCUGGUUAUCAGACGUUGCUGUUGGGUCCUUCUGCAUUAGUUUAGCUAACGUAGCGUCCAUGCCUCCAUGAGAGCUGGUGCUCCACAGGUGUACCUCUGUGUUCUUGCUGUGCAGGUUACAGCAAACAUAAUGUACUGUCCCUGUCUGUGAGUGAUAACAAACACACUCAGUGAUAAAAGAGUCGUCAUGAUUUAUGAAGUCUGGUAUUUAAAGUUGUCAGUUCUGUGAAACAGCUGUGAGCUUGCUGUGCUGCAUUUAUCGACCUCUGUAUGAUGGUGCACCUGUCACAGGUCAGCUCCUGACAUGCAUCUGCUUGUCUUGCUCCUUGAGCAUUGCCUUGCAGGCAUCAUUCCUGACUCCAGAACAGCGUCUUGUCAAGUUAUUUGACUUACAGUUUGAGUUUGAGUUCAAUACUUUCUAAAACUUGUGCAAAAAGUUCUUCAGCCGUGACCAUGAAUCAUGCAAUACUUUCAGAUUUUUGCAAAAACAAUAAAUCUGCUCCAUGCCCCCCUUUUUCCUUCUCUCCUCCUCUUUCUUAGAUCUUUUCCUUCACUCCCUCCUUCUUUCCCACAUCCUUUUCUCCCCCUCUAUCUUGGUCUGUCAUAUCCUCCACUUUUCCACUCCUCUCCCUGCCCUCCUGAUCCCCUCCUCUCCCUCAGUCUGUCUGCUCUCUGGGCCAUCCGACUCGACAGUGACCGCCUGUGACCUUUAGCUGAAAGCAGGAGGCGGAGGAGGAGGAGAAUAGACAGAGAGCAGGCAGUGGAUGACAAAUGAGCUAAUUGCUUUAGAUUAACCGUGGAGUGUCUGCCUGCCUGCCUGCCUGCCUGCCGGGCUCACAGCCUCCUCCUGUCUAGACAACACCCCAGAGGGAGGGAAGAGAUCAGUGGCCUCUCUCAUGCAACAGUCCAAGAAAUGAAAACACUUUAUUGGCUUUUAGCUUGUUUUCCUUCACACUGAAAGAAGUGAAACUUAAGUGCAGAGAGAGCCAGGGUCACUAAUCCCUGAUGCAGUUUAAAAGCUACUGUUGUUAUUAUUAUUGUAUAAAUGUACUUCAUGAAUAUUAGAGCACUGACAGGAGACAGGUUUGAACCAUGAUGAUCAAAUAUUUCCUUCCACAGACUGAUAUCAUGACUUUAGUGUUAGCUCUGAGCUCAACAUUUACCAGCAUGCAGACUUUUCUUUGAUUGGAAGCUCUGCGGUUGUAAACAUCAACUUUGUCGGACUGUUAGUCAGAAUAUUUGGGCUCUUUGAAUUCACUGUUUGCAUUGAAAAGGAAAAUGAAGCACCUUCAUUCUCGUAUAUCUCUAACAUAUUUGAGUUGACUUGAUUUGGAUGCUCAUAGCUAAAACUUGGACUUUCUGCAGAGUGCCAAGUCAGUUCAGUUCAGUUCAAUUCAGUUCAGUUUUAUUUAGUGUCCCCGAGGGGCAAAUUGGGUGCAGCAUCGUAGACAUACAUUAAUACAUAGAACAAUACAAUAUACAAGACAUAAAUAGCAGAAAUACUAAAAAAACCCACCAAGUUCCAAGUACUAAGAUUGCACAUGAAGUUAAGGUGCUAGGAAGAAUUGCACAUGAAGUUAAAGUGCUAAGAUCUAAAUCUAGAUCUACCUCCUCGGUCUACCCUCAGCAUCUAUAAGUAGGCUGAUGGUAGGGACAAAGGAACGUGUAAACCAAACCUGAGAGGUGAGGGGGGCUUGCAGGCGCCCAGACACUAUGUACUCUGCAGAUAGUGGGUGAGCUCUAUCAGUUCGAAUGGACCUCACUUUACUGAGCACCUGCCUGUUAUAGAUGUAUUCUAGGCUGUUCAUUUGGGUGCCAGUUAUUUUAGAGGCCAGGUUGACAAUUUUCCCAAGGGAGUCCUUAUCCUUGACACUAAGAUUACCAAACCAGCAGAUAAUAGAGAAAGUAAUAAUGGACUCAACAUAAGCACAAUAGUACAGUUUCAUGAGAGUUUUAUCCACAUUGAACUUAGCCAGUUUCCUCAAACAAUGCAGUCGCUGUUGACCUUUUUUGUGCAACAUGCUCAUGUUAAGGUCAAAUUUCCAAUUGUUAUCGAUGAUUGUGCCAAGGUAUUUGUAGCUGGACACAAGCUCUACAGAUUGCCCGUUGACAAUACUGCAUUGGCGGGGGAGGGGAGAAGAACGUCUGAAAUCAAUACAAAGUUCUUUUGUUUUGUCAGCAUUAGGCUGCAAGAAGACAUUGUCACAAUGAGACAGGAAGUAAUUGAGAAACGGCCCGUGACGGUUCUCAUUGUCUGAGCAGGCUGAGGAUAACUGAGUCGUCAGCGUACUUGAUGAUGUGUCUGUUGUGGAAACUGCUAGUACAAUCAUUUGUGUACAGUAUAUAUAAGAAUGCAGAUAAAACACACCCUUGGGGCAAUCCAGUAGAAGAUGACAGAAAGCUGGACAUUGUCUCAUUAACCCUUACACAUUGAGAUCUGUUUGUUAGAAAAUCAAAUAUCCAUCCUCAGGGUUUUUCCUGCGUUCAAAAUUGCGUGGCGGCCGCCUCCACCUAAUUUUGUGCCGCCCCCAGCCAGAGCGAUUGAUUCCGCUCAACACAGCGUAAAGCUCCAGCUGUGUUGAUUGAGCGAUUGAUGUCCCUCUGCAGCAGCUACGUAUUUUAACUGCAGUUGCAGCGUUGCGCCACUAUAGAGGCGCUAUAUCAACAGCAGUGCACCGGAAAGACCUGAAGCAUCUACCGAAGAAGAAACGGAUCGAAUCAUGUUUUUUCAAGUUUUUUUUCCCGCUAGUUGGUGCUGUCGGCGUCCUGAUUUUCGCUGGCGGAUGGUACAAACAGGUAAAUACUGCUUCUCUUUUUUGCAUCCAAGCAUGUCGUGUUUAUUUAAAAAAAAAAAAAGUUUCCUCCGUUUUUAGCGUUGCAGUUAUGACAGGCAAAAUCAGCCAGUACUUUAAAAAGCGACCUCGCGAGGAGGAAAGUCAAGAGUCCAGGUGAAACACAGCAGAGAAAAAACGUAACAGGCAGUUAAAAUGCUUUAAUUCAUGUUGGUGACAACGUGGAAAUUUGUGUCAGGUCUGAAAGUACUUCACAAGGGACUGGUGAUCGCGAGGGUCAGAAUGCAGGACAGGACGAGUCGGCGAGGCGAGGGUAAUUAAUUAAUUAGUUUCCAAUUAGGAGCAUAACAACGCAAAGCCGACGUGUACGUGGUUUUUAUUCGUCUUUCCAGAUCUUCUCAAAAACACAGAGCCAGUGGCUUUGACAAGCAGUGGCUCAAUCAAUUUACCUGGCUCAGGCAUACUGAGGAAGGCAUGCACUGUUAUUUAUGCCAAAAGCACUGUGCCCCAACACAGCAGGCAAUUGCUGCCUCCUUAGUGAGACAGCCAUCAACCAACUACAGGCUGGACACAUUAAAAAGACAUGAGGUGACAGCCAUUCACAAAGCAGCUGAAGAGAAGGAGAAAUAUAUUAAAGAUGGUAGUACCUAAAAAAACUCAACUAAUAAAGUUACAAAAAAUAAAUAACAUAGUUUAGACAGUUUAAGAAAUAAUUGGUUGUCGUUUUUUUUAGGGAGGACACUGCAGCGUAUACAUAUAUAUGAUUGAAAACACUAUCACUCUUCAUGUCUGUAUCAGAAUAAAAACAAAAAUACUUAAUGCAUGAUGAAUUGUUUUGUUUAAGGUGAAGACACCUCUGUGGAACAGACUGAAGGAGAGGCACUUGGAUGUCUGUUGUAAGGUGGCCGUUGAUGGACCAGACCAGGAGGCCUUGGACUACAAGGAGGGCAUGAGGAGGUUCUACAGAAUGAAAAAGAGGAGGCUGAAAUGUUCUGUCUGGUUGUGAGAUGUGUGGAUGAAGUGUACUUUCAAUUUAAAGUUGCCAGCUGAUUUGUGUAUGUAUAUAGUUUUAAUAAAUGAAUGCUUUAACAUGAUAAUGGUCACACUCUUUUUUUGAACUCUUAACUUAAAGUAUGUUGCCUGUAAAAGAAAGUGAAUCGGUUGAAUUUACAAAUACAUGCACGUCGUGGCGCAUGGUCAGGAUGGUGCCACCUCUGCCUCAAUUUGAGCCAGGAAAAACCCUGAUCCUACUAGGCAUGGAUUUAUACCAUAAGAGCAUACUAGUUUAUUGACCAAUACAUGUGGUUGCAAAGUAUUGAAAGCUGACGAAAAAUCAAUACACAGUAACCUGACAUGGUUUUUGUUAACUCCUAGAUGCUUGUGUAUCAGGUGAAGUAGAGUGGCGACUGCAUCUUGAAGUCAGUGCAUCCAUUAAAUUUAACGGAGCAUGUUUUUCCAGAAGUAUGGACAAAAGCCGUGCUUUCAGUAUUUUCUUGUUUUUGAUAAAGUUUGGACAUUCUCUGUCUGGUAAUGAAGACUAAAUCAUGUGCAGCAGAGCUUGGCUGCUGUCGGCACCAUGCUGAAGAAGAAAAAUGCUUUAGUGUGACUUCACUGAGGCGUGUUUUUAGGCCUUUAGGCUGUUUUUCACCGCUGUAUCUGCACAACACAUCAGCUUUAAAACCACUGCUGCUGCCUCUGAAGGUAGUCAAACAGAUUUUGAUCCAUUUUCAUGGGAUGUUUAAAAAACUGAAUGUUUCUCUGCUGUGUAGAAAAGUGGAAAAGUCGGUGCACCGAAAUCAUUAUGUAAUGAUGUUACACCUUGUUUUGGAAAAGAUUAAGCAGAACAUCUGGAUGGAAACAUGAGAGAGGGAUUUUUCAGAGAGGGGAAGGAGUGACACAGACAACAGGGAAUAAACCAAAAGAGGGAGAGAGGAAAUAAAAGAGGACAGGGAGAAAAGGACUGCUCACUGACCCGCUGACCUCCACCCUUUGGGAGCUGACAAGUUUUACUGCAGGCUGAGACACACGCACACACACACACUCUGAGUCAGAGGCUAUUUCAGAUGGUGACGCAUCAAAUCAGAGCAGCUGAUGUAGAAACACCAAAUUUCCUAAAAUGCAGAAAAACUCUUCAAUAAAAGAGUUUUUACAAAAAUGCAGAAGAAAGCUUUUCAAGGGUUUUUCUCCUCUUUGAGUUUAAUCACUGGAUUAUAAUAUUUAAAGAUUUUUUUAUUAUUAUUUUGGAUUUUAAAACAGUUUCUUAGUUCAUAUGAAUACAGUAAAGAAAUCUUUACAAAGUGUUGAUUGGAGUAAAUGUAAUGAAGGGACUUUACGUCAUGUUUCUGCACAGCUCAGAAACUCUGAGUCUGAGGAGGAAACAGCCUUAAAGAGUUUGUCUGUCUGAUACAGAAUUUAUUCUUUGACUGGUAACGCUGUUGUAUGUGAUGAAAUAUGCAUCAGUGUCAACAAGUGUGCAGAUCUUCAUUUAGAUUUCCAGGGAUUCCCAGUUAAUGCCACGACACUUCUCAGGAACUCUGCUGAUAGUUUCUGCUGUUGUUUGGUUGAGUUUUCUCAGUCUGUUCAGCUGCACUUAGUUCAUAUUUUAGAGACGUUUGAGUUCAGUUUAAGAGAAAGUCUUGAUUAUUUUUACUGUUUUAAAGUGAAAUGUGCUGCGCCUGAAUUAAUGUGUUCAUUUUGGGCCUUAAUGACAUUGACAUAAUAACCCUCAUCUUAAAACCAAAAACUCUGAAUAUAAAGAGACUGGUCUCACUCUCUAGUUCACUGUUAGCAUUAAAGCAAGUCUCAUAUAUUUUACUCAUCCUGUAAAGUCUAAUUUAGAAACAAGUCAAAGUUGGUGUUUGAUGACAGAGAUGUGAGGCUGAGAAGGGUUUAUUUGGGGUUUCACACAGCUGAAGAGCAGCAGCAGCGACAACAGAAAUGUGUGCUUGAAUUUGUACAGGUGGGAGGAAAAGGUAAAGACAGUAAGAUUGAAUGAAUGACGCAGACGAAGACAUAAGAGUAAGGGGAAGGAAACAAGGAAAGGAAACAAGGGAGAGGAGUUGUGUGAAUGUGUUGGUUGAUUUGGUUGAGUUCAACACCAGCUGUCAGCAGUCUCACACACACACACACACACACACACACACACACACACACACACAGAUGGUAGGGUUGGCAUCAGUGUGUCAGUUCUGUUGAACAGUUUUCUUUAAUAACCUGAGGAAUGUGUAUCUGUGUGUUUCUUUCUUUGCAUGUGUGUUUGUGUUUCUCUCUCUCACUCUGUGUGCGUGGAUGCGUGCAUGCGUGUGUGUGUGUGUGUUCCUGUUUCUGUUUUUUUAAACUUCCUUCUCCAGACUUUAUUUUCACCUUUUUUUCUGGUACAGCAGAAGAACAUAGUGAACUCUGAAACUCCUGUUUCUGAAGUCAGUCCAGUAUCUUUGACAUUAUUUGACUUACUGCACAAACUUUAUUUUUCAUAUAUUAUGAAACCUGGUCCCUAAAGUGGUACCUUCAGUAGAAUGUUGCUGCAGAAAUGUCAGGGGAGGAAAACUGAAGGAAAGGUUAUUAAUGUUAUAUGAAAGGUUACAAAGGUUACGGAAAAGGUUAUUAAGGUUAUAGGAAAGGUUAUCAAUUUAAUAGGAAAGGUUAUAGGAAAGGUUAUUAAGGUGUUAGGAAAGGUUAUAAAGGUUUAGGAAAGGUUAUAAAGGUUUUAGGAAAGGUUAUAAAGGUUAUAUGAAAGGUUAUAGAAAAAGUUAUUAUUGUUAUGGAAAAGGUUAUUAAGGUUAAAGGAAAUGUUAUUAACAUUGUAGGUUAAGGUUAUUGAGGUUAUGGGUAAUAAAGGUUAUAAUAAGUGAUUUCCUGAGUCUGCAGAGGUUGGCCCCUUACCUUGGCAGCUCUAAAGGUAACUGUCCUUUUAACCCUUUAGUUCAGAUCAGCUGACUGCAGGUCAGUGAUACAGACCUUCAGUCCAGGUGACUCAGGGCUGAUUGGUCAGAGGACCUUGAGGAUAUGGUUGAUUUUCACUGCUGACCACAUCAGGGCCUCUGAGCUUUUCAGUCGUCACUGUCCACAGGUGACUCUGGUCUGUUAAACAAACAGGUGCCCUGGUUGAGGUACCAUGAUGGUGUUUACACUCAGAUGAGACACACCAUUCUGUGACUUAAAUCUUUUAAUCAUGUUUCCAUGUUUACUGGGCUGUCACAGUUUACUGCAGUUUCAGACAGGAGACCAGACCUCCACAGAGGAUCCUGAAGGUUUUCAUUGAAACACUGAGCACUGAGACUAGAACCACUUUGAUUCUUACAUCCAUAAGACCCCCCCCCCGUCUCCCCUCUCUCUCAUCAUUAUUCUGUCUGUCCCUCUGACCCAUCUGUGUCUCCCAGACGCUCCCACCACUCCCUCCCCCUCUCUCCCCUACACCUCACAUUGACCCCUUUUGUUCACAGCCAUUGGGUAAUAGUGGUGUUGGUUGCUUUUGGGGGGCGGGCUGGUCAGCUGUUUCCUCAGUCUGUGUUUGAGUGUCUGGACUCUGUGGGAAUGUGUGUGAGAAAAAGUUGCAGACAAAGCUUGUUAGAGCGUCAGAGAGUGUGUGUCAGCCGACGAGGACACACACACGGCGUCAGAGCAUCCUCGGGACAUGUAGUCUGGAGUUAUUUUACUGCAGCGGGACUUAAGUUUUUACUUUUCUUUCAGUUUUUUUUUUUUUUUUUUUUUUGUUCAUUUUGAACAGUUUGGUAAAGAUCUUCAGGUCAGAGUUUCUGGAAAAUUAAGUUUGAGCCUGAAGACUUUUGCACUGUGGAGACUAUGCAGCCCUCAUCAAGAAGUCACAGCCAUGAAAACUGUGUCCAGACACAACUCUGCGGUGAGUCCAAGAAAGGAAACACAGCUUUGAGAAGGUUGCACCAUGAUUGUUUUUCCUUAUUUUUGAUGCUGAUUUUCAGCCUCUUUCUUUUAGAUGUCUAAUAUUUCAGACAGCUGAGUCAUCAUAAAGACUAAACUGAAGUUUUGACAGAGAGAAUUUGAGCUUUACACCAUUGAAGAGCAAAAAGGCGAGGAGUAACAGCUAAAUUCUGCCUCUUGAGUAGCCUCUUUUAUUGCUGUUUGAAGGUUUGCAUCGUUACAUUCUUGUGAGUUUCAGACUGUUGAUCAGUCCAAAGUUACAGUCAGAGGUCUUGUUGAUUGCACAGCACAAUUUUGGGGGUCAUGCAAAGUUGGACUUUUCCUACUUUGCAAUCCCUUUAUAGUUUCUAAUUCUCAUGUUUAUUUUAAAUCAAAAACUGCAGUUGUGAAUGUAAACAGCAAUCAGAGAGUUUCCAUACAUCUCUGCAAACCAGACACAUUUAUAAAUAAGCUCAGACUUAUAGCUUAUAAAACUUAAACAUUUUAUAAGCUUCUAAAUGACUUAAAAUCUUCUAGGAUAAAGAAAGAUGUUCAUUAUCACAACAACGAGAAGGACUGCUGGAUGAUAAUGAAGAACAUUGAACAUUUCAGUUGUAUGAAUUUAUUGAACUGAAACGCUUUAAAACACACAAAAAAGUUACUAAUCACAACAGCUCUUUUCGUCCCUCUGCUUCACUAACACACCUGCUCCUCUAAUCUACAUCUAACCUUUGUAACUAAUUAUUCUGUGAAAAAAAAGCAGCAGUGAAGAGUCAAACAUCAAAUAUGUGCAUUGAGUAUUUCAUGUCCAGGUAAAUCAGUGUCUCUGUUCUUCUGUGACCAGAUCGACAAACUUGAAGUCAGACUUUGUUUCACUGUGAGAUACUCUUUUGGGCUCAGGGUCUAGCUGCAGUUCAGGCUCAGAUUUUACUUUGGAGUUUGUUUCUAAAUUAGAUUAUUGGUACUAAGAACAAAAGUUUCAUGAAUCAGUUGGUGCAGAAAUGACCAAUUGAAACCAAGAAUUUCCAAAGUUUAAAUGUGUAACAAAAGUUGAAGUAUAAAGGUCAAUAUAUAAAACUGAGAUGGAUAAUCAAAGCUUCUAUAAGGUUUAAAAGAUAUUUACUCAACACAGCAGCAGCUGGAGGUUCAAAUCCCACAUAAACUUCUGGUUUUAGCAGGAAUGGAACUUAAACUCUGACUGUGAUCAAAACAUCUAAAGUGGCCCGCCUGGACCAGCUCCUCAGAGCUCACAGGUUUAAAAUAGAUGGUUUUUGUGACUCCUAAUCUGUAUUUGAGCUGAUCCUGUGUUGAUCAUGUGAUCUGUUUGUUGUGUUUCUGAAGUUUUUUAGUCUUCAUGGACAGCUCACUGAGGGUUUAGGUCAUUUGUCAAUGCUCAUCCUGGAGGUAUAAAGCUCUCUCUCUCUCUCUCUCUCUCUCUCUCUCUCUCUCUCUCUCUCACUCUGUGUGUGUUUGUGUGUGUGUGUGGGUGGGUGGGUGUGUUGUGUAAUGCUGAGCUGAUCAGAAUUGCGUAACCAGUCUGUGAGAACUGGUGUGAAGUGUCUGAAACCAGUCUGCUUUCUGUUCUCCUGUCUGACCUCUGCCUGCUCCCAACAAGGGGAAAGGGUGAGAAAAAGGCAGCGUUUGUGUGUGUGUGUGUGUGUGUGUGUGUGUGUGUGUGUGUGUGUGUGUGUGUGUGUGUGUGUGUGUGUGUGUGUGUGUGAAUGUUGUAGGGGGAGGAGAGUGGGGGUUUGGAGCAGACUGUCUCUAAACAAAGCUCGUCCUGUCUGGCCUGGCUGUGUGUGUGUGUGUGUGUGUGUGUGUGUGUGUCUGACCUCUGCAUAAGGACUUGCUGUCUGUCUGUCUGACUCUGAAUCCUAUUUCUCUCUGAAAAGAAUGAAAGUAAUGGCCUGUUUUUGUUUUUACACUAUUUUCAGUUUUUUCAUGUAAGGUUCAGAUCAAACAGCUGAUUGUUCUUAUUGUUGGACUGAUUUUUUGUUUCUUUUAAUUUCAUUUAAUGUGUCAACUUUUAUGUUUUUAUUAUUUUUUGGUAGCAUAUUGAAACAUAAAAAAAGACAAGAUAAAAAUCCACUCAGAAAGUAACUCUAAAAUCUUUGAGUUUACUGCUGCUGGUCUCUGGGAGCAAUUGGAUUUUAGGGUAAUACAGUUAACUGGAGCUUUCUCUUACUGGUUUUUCUAAGAGUGCCUUCAGAUUUCAUGAAUUGGUCUUAUUAAAAUGGUGCUUUAUUCAACACAGCUCAGCAGAGAGAGUGUACAGGGACUGCUGCAGAGGGAGAGGGAGGUCACACAAGAGGGAGUAUUUCCUGUUUCUUUAUGUUAAGUGGAAAUAAAUGGAGCCGACCAGCAGCCGUGACAGCGUCAUCCAAAGACAGAUCACUCUAAGCUUAAAAAAAGAGCUGUGCAGGUCACUUUCUGUCAAAUAACUAAUUUGGACAUGAUUUCAAAAUAAAGGCAUUACAUGAAAACAAGGGACGCUCACUUCAUAGGAUACACAGAUUUGAGCUUUUAACUUGCAAUCAUCCAGGAAGUGCUUUCAUACCUAUUUUUAUGCUUGCAAGUUAAAUAAAACAUUACUCAACAUUCAUUUGUAUUUUGGUGAAGAUGUGCAGGUAGACUACAGAAGAGUCCAGAUGUAAAGUAGUAAAGGUUAAAUGUGGAUGUAAAUGUGGUCUCUCUCUGUCUGUGCAGCCCAGCUGGAGUUCGUCCAGAUCCUGGUGAUCGUGGUGGUGAUGAUGGUGAUGGUGGUCGUCAUCACCUGCCUGCUCAACCACUACCGCCUAUCAGCACGCUCCAUCCUUUCCAGACACGCCCCCGCACGCAGGAGACACCUGCCAUUGGCCAAUGUAAGACCUGAGAUGCAUGAAACAUGAUAUAGAAUAAUUCUUUUUAAGAUUUGAAAGAUCUGCAGAAAAAAAUGUUUAUGAUAAAAAAAGGAGACUUUACUAAACUUCAAUAAACUCAAAUCUGUGAUUCUUCCUGAUUAUCAGUGAAAGUCCUGCAGAGCAAAGAUCAGAGUUUCAGGCUUUAAAUGAAAGAAGAAGAGCAGCUAAACGUGAUCACAGCGAUUUAACGCUGCUGCAGGCAAACACUAACACACUGGGCUCUAUUUCCGUGCCUCGCCGGCGACGCGGCGCAUGCGCGGCGUAAGUGAGGUCCGCCGCGCCGACAAGGCGUUCCCAAGCACAAUUUGGUAUUUUGGUGAGCGGUGCAGCCCGGCGUAAGUAUCCCCCCUCCCUAACUGAGCUCCUCCCAGUGGCGUAAGUCGUAGUAAGGGAGGAGAAAGGGCGGGGAGUGGGUUUCACACAGCCAAGACCUGUUUUCACCAAUCACAUAAGCUCCUCUCCUUGCCUUUAAAUCCGCCACCGGCGAGGCGUAUUACUAUUUUUAUGAAGUAGUCAAGGAGAUCAAGAGAUGUCUGAAGACAGUUAUGCCACACGAUGGCGACAAAGGGCAGCUCCUCAACAAGUGUCACUGUAAGCGCUGCAUCGGGCAUCCUCCACACUCUCUCAUAUGAGCACAGAUGGAUUUGGUGUGUGUAAUGUUGGACCCACUGGUAAGACAAACACCCUUUUCCAUAAAUAAAGACACUCACAUAAAGUUGCUCAUAUUCAAACCUCACGUGAUAAAGGGGAGGAAGAAAGAAAAGGAGGGAGACGAAUUACAUAUCUAGUUAACUUCAUCAUGUGUGUCUAAUGCGGUUUCAGCUGUGUUGAUUCGGUCAGGUUGUGUGUCCAAACGUGUGCCAAACGCGCUCAUCAGAUCAGAUAUAGAUCAGAAUAUAUCGAUAUAGAUCUAAAUGUAUGUGCUGACUCAGAAUAUUGGUCGUUGAUGAUUAUUUAUUGCACUGAAAUGUGCCUGACACUGUGGAAACCUGCCGGUGAGGCAUCGGUGACGUAUGCCAAUACGCCGCCGGUCUACCAAAAUACCUCUAGACCGGCUGCGCUCCGCCUGCGCUGAAAGCUGACCAGGUUUGAAUCGGCGAGCUUUCAGCGCAUUUUAUACGCCGGUGGCGAUCACGAAAAUGUCACUGCGCCUGCUGAUUCUGUGGACACCUCCCCCUGCCACGCUACCACGCCCAGCUUGGCGGAUCUCGGUUCGCCUCCCUGCGCCUCAGUCCACGAAAAUACCAAACUGGCUAUACGCCGGGCUGCGCCAGACGAAAAUACAACUGUGCGGGGCUCGCCGCCCUCCGCCGCCUCAGGGGCGUACACAAAAAUAGAGCCCACUGACUCACACCUCCAUUAAAGGGAAAACACACACACACGCACACACGGGCUGAUUUACGCCUGAGGCCUCUACAAACAUGACGUCACUUCCUGAGUCACCUGCCACUAAAUAACUGAAGUGUGCACGAGUGUGUGUGUGUGGCCCCAGUAAGAUAUGAGUAAAGGAUGAAGCAUAAUGGUACACACACGCACGCAUGCACACUGUGAAACAGAGCUGCUGAUAAGCUCUGGAGAGUCAUUGUCCCAGUUAAUUUGGAUUAGCAGACAGACACACUGACACACAUACAGUCAGUCAGGCAGGUGGACAGACGGGCUGGAAAACCAUCUUCACGGAAACAAAAGAUUCCUCUCAAACAUGAUGUCAGCGCUGAAGAGCUGCUGUUGUCCUCUCUGCUGUGUGACCUCUUAUGAUCCUCCACAGUGGUAGUUUAUUCUAAAAAAAAUCAUAGAGAAACAAUCACAGGUCUGAACCUGAACACCUGAACCAGAAUAUCUUUAUGGGGCAAAGAACUACAAAAUUUCAUCGACAUAUCUGCAGGAACGCUAACAUCACUGCAGCAACAAAUCAAAAGUUCUGCAGGAUUUAAAGGCUGUUGGAAAAAAGGGGAUCUGUGAAGGUGCUGCAGAAGCCAGAGUCUGUCAUAUACCACCAGAGCCCCCUAGUGGAUAAAAAUUACAAAUGCAGAAUAAAAAGAUUAACUGAGCAGUUGUCACUAAGCACCCUGAACUGAAAGUUUCCACUGGCUGAUCAUUUCUAUCCUGUAAUUUUAAUUCCUGAAAUCUGUGCUGGGGGGGUUUGUGUCAGUCCUCGAUGGCUCACUUUCUCCUUUUCCUUCCCUCAGGAGGGCGGUCUGUGGUCCUCUGAGGGCACCGGGAUGAAUGGCGGUCUGACUGAGGUGAGUUUUUUGCAUUCAUGGCAAGUUCUUUCAAUUAGAAAUCGGCAAAAUCAACCAAAUCAAAUCUCUCUUCCUCCCCUCAGCACCAGAUGUACAACCCUCGCCCUCCAGACAGACCCGUCCCCUCAUCCUACCUGCAGAGGGAGCCUCAGUCCCAGAACCAGGCUCCUCUGCAGUCUCAGCGCUUCCAGCACAACUACGCCCCGAGUCGCUUCCAGCCGACGUAUCCCUACCUGCCACAGAGCAUCAUCGACCUCCCCCCGACCAUCUGCCUCUCAGAUGGUGAGGAGCCCCCGCCGUACCAGGGCCCCUGCACCCUGCAGCUCCGAGACCCUGAACAACAGAUGGAGCUGAACCGAGAGUCAGUCAGAGCGCCACCCAACAGAACUGUGUUUGAUUCCCACCCCAUCAACCCAUCCAGGUCCUGUUUGCAGGCCAGGUAACUACCGCUCACCUGUCUCUAGAGCAGCCAUGUCUCUGCGUUAACGCAGUGUCUGGAAAUCAGCCAUAGUCUGACUUCCUGAAGGGCUUUUAUUCUGAAAUGAACUGUCUGUGUUUUGCUCUGUGAUGUAAAUCCAGUCUGGUUUUUGGGACUCAUCCUGUUUGUGAGUUCAGUCAGUUUGCUCCAUUGUCUUCUACUUAGUUUUAUCGAUGACCUUCAUGUUUUUCCCCGUCCAGUCUGCAGGCGCCUCCCCCGAGCGUCCACUCUGGUGUCAGCGUCCUGGAAGCCCAGGAGGCCUCAUCUCGACAGCAGAAGUCUGGCCCUCGAGCGGAUGGCGCCCCUCCGGCCUACAGCGAGGUUAUCGGGCACUACUACCACCCCACGUCUCUGACGCCGAACCACCGGACUGUAUCGUCCUCACAGCCGCCCCCGUCCUCCUUCAUCCAUGGCCUACUGCGACCUCCGCCUCAGCGGCAGGGAAGCGUGGACAACAGGAACGCCAGGAACACAAAGGAGAAAUCCCAGAAGUCCCAGCAGGUGUGACAGAGCUGCUCCGCCACUGCCAGACUGUUUGGGAAGCUGUUCAGUGGUUUCAGGGCUGGUGGAUGUGAUCAUGGCUGGUGUGUUGGUCCAUUUUUCCCACUUAACGGAUCGGACCAGGACUGAGAACGAGCUUCUCGAUGGGUAGGAAAACCUGGAGGCCGGAGCAAAUCUACCUGCUCCAGAGAGGACGGACUGGAGAACUGCCUGGCUCUUCUGUCAGACUGACCUUAAUUCAUGAUAAAUAUUUACUUGUUCUGUUUGUUUUGAUAGUUCUUUUGUUUGUUCGUCUCCUUUGCGCUUACCAACAAUUCCUUUCCAGGCAAAAUGGCGAAAUGUUGCAAUCUUCUUGGUUCUUCCAGGUUUUGUUUUUUAGUGAUAAUCCUUCUUGCUGCUUUGACCCCUUUUGGUUCUGGUUUCAGCGACUCCUGUGCCGCCUUGGAGCUGCCCCCUCAGACACAGCAGCACGUUAACGUAUUCAGAUAGCGUUAUCUUAAACUAGCUUAGCACAGUGCUGAAGUCCUGGAGCUAAAUGCCUUAUAUCCACCAAGCGGUGCAGGAGCUGUCGCUUUAAUCCCUUUUUAAGUUUUUAUUUGAUGUUUUCUAAAGAAGGUUUGCACAAAGAUCAGAAACAGAAAACAGGCAAUAUGACAGACAGUGGAUGGGGUAUUUUUCUACACCAGAUGGUUUCUUAUGAGUUCAGAUGUUUGUUUCUGUUUUUAUGUCGUCUAGUUUUAGAAAAAGAAACAUCAGUGACCUGUUGAGGUGCCAACUCUCAUGAACAUUUUGCUACAUACAUGUUGGCACGUAUAUGUUACGUAUUAAGUAUAUAUAUACACACAUGUAUGCAAACGAGAGCGAACUUUACAAAGCACGAAUUAAGAGUUAUUUAUAUAAAUGCUGAAAAGAAUUGCACUAUUUUUUAGUAUGAGCAGAUGAAGCAUGAGUGGGAGACUUUUAUUGUGAAGGAGCUCUGUCUUUGAGGCUUAAACACGGCGAGAGAGACCCUGAGGUCAUUUACCGGAGGUCGCGGUGCACGACGACUUGUCAACGUAACGUGUCAUCUGACUUCUGCUCAAUGCGCUUGGUGCGAGUGUCAUGAUCAUUAAUAAAAAUUAAAAAAAUCCCUUGUUUAUGCAAAAGUCAGAGUCCUGCGAGCCGACCUGAGUCAGCAUCUGACCUGCGGGCCCAAUCAAAAACUCUGCUCUCUCUCUCAUCCCAUUGGCUGAAUCGUUAGCCAAUCCCAAAGCUGGCUGUCACUACCUCGACCAAACAAGUCAAGCACAUACGAGUUAGCUCAUCAGAGUUCGUUUCAUUGAGCGGACGAACGCCUGAACCAAUCAAGAAGAUGUGUGAUGUCACAGAAAGUAGAGUUAGCAUUUAUUACUGCUGUUUUUAUUUGAAUGUCUGAAUCUAAAGCUCACUGGGUGAAAAGAGAGAAAAAAGCAGAAACUGGGACACAAAUCGUCCCUUCAAAGAGGAAGAAAGCCAAGAGCCCGUCAGGCCCUGAAGGCGUGAUUCUGUGAGCGUGCACCGUGGCGUCCAAACACACAUCAGAGUGGCGUUUAGCUGACCUGCCUCUCUCUCUGCUGCAGGCGUCUCUGAGCACUUUACUGCAGCAGGAACAAGACAACAAUCCCCGUCAGCCAGCAGCAGACCACGAAAACCACAGCAGAGUCUUUAUGUUUUUAGGUUCACUUUCAGAGACGCUCUUCAAACAAACCCAAAGAGUUCUGCUCCAAACUGAAACCCCGAUUAACAAUAUCACUGAUUUAUUAUUAGAGGGCUGUAGGAUCUGUAACAACCACCAUCCGAGUGAGAGGCUUUAUUUUCUGAAAACAUGAUGAUAGUUUGUGGGAAGUUGCUUUUAUUUUCUUAAAUGUAAGAAUUUUUGAAGCAGCAGCAGCACAAGGCUACAUGUUAUUCCUCUUCAAAAUGUCAAACUUUCAUUUAUUCAGAAAUUUUCUGAAAUUAGAAGAGUUAUGAAUGUGACUAGACUCUCAAUGUCAUCUUUUGACAGCUUCUUAGCUCGGCGCCCUCGGCCACAUUUGGUUUGCACCAAAGUUGUUAGCGAGGGUCGAUACCCAGACAGAGCUGAGUCAUCUGAGGACUCUGACUGACAAUGUGUUUAUGGGGGACGUUUGAAUUUGCAGCAGAACUGUUUGAGUGUUAAACGCAGCCCAGGAUGAGCUGUUCGAACUGGACACACCGAAGUGUUGAAAAGUGACACGAGUGUUAGUGGCAGCUUGUCCUGCGGUGUCUCUUUGAGAGUGGACAAACUUUAGCUCAGUGUGUAAAAGCUUUUCUUGUUUUUGUAGAUAAAAAGGGACCUCAGCUUCCUUCAGAGUCCAGUCUUUAUGCAACAGCGCCCUCCACAGGGACCAAACCGAACCAAAAACUAAUCCCCAAGUCCUUUUUCUUAAAAGCCUGGUCCAUGUUAUCUGGUGUGUUUGAAAACUGAGUUUUUGCUGCAUUUUAGCCUCAAAGUCCGAAUGGAAACAGAGUUUUUUGGAAACUUCUGAAUUCAUGUGGACAGAAAAAAGUUACUUGAAAACCUGAUUUUGCAACAUGGCAGAUUAAGCUGGCCAAGUGAAUUUGUUGUAUUUGCAUAUUUACAAGAAACUUUCCACUUUGUUUUCCAUGACGUGGCAGACUGAUUACAAAUUAUUGCCACCUACUGGUUUGCUAUGCUUAUCCCUGCAAAAUUAAUCUUUGAAUUAUUUUUAAAUCAUCUUUUUCCAAGAACAGCUGCCUACACAUGGACUACAUUUUUGACCAUCAGUCUGUUAAAUUAUAGAAACAUCAGAGUCUCUGAAGAUCUUCGCUGAAAUCCCAGAUGAUGUUCAAACUGGUUUCCUAAAAUCCUCAAAGACUCUGAUCGGUUUAAUGGAAGUGAUUCAGACGGCUGUGGAAUAAAAUUAGCUUUAAGUCUUUUUUAAGUUUAGGUCUGUUUCUAAAUCCAAACAAGAUCCAAACCCCAGUACUACAAAUUUAUCCUGUUAUCGCAGAAGAUUGAAUCACUUCUCAUUUUCUUAUUAAAUUGGACAAUUCGACAUCAGAAUCAGUCAAGAGAAAAUGCUUCAGUCAAACUGUCAGAAACAGUUCAGAGUAACGGCUCCCACCCCAGAGAUAAACAAAUAAUCAGAAGUCAUCGCCUCCCUCUUCUUGUUUACAGUCUCUCCUUAGUUUUAUUGAAGAUCAAGCAUUUGAAUAUUAAAUUUAAAUGAACCUAAUCUCUGAACCCAAAGCAGCAGAAGGAGUGAUGAGAGUAUCAAUCAAAGAACAAAUCAAGACCCCUUAAUCUGACCUCCAAAUGAGACCAUGAGCCCAUCUUCUGCAGGUUUAGAGUCCUCUAGACUGCGAUUGAACUGGCUGCUCCCGGUUUUACUGGUUUGGUUCCUGACUCUGGAGGAUGUGCAGCGGGUAUCAGGAGACUGGAUAUGAUCUAAUUGCAGAAUCAGAGCAGACAGAAAUGAAAGUAAAAUUAUUAUUUAUAGAAAUGUUUGUAGAGUUAGAGUAGCAGAGAGUUAAACUCGUAAUUCAGGGAAACCUGCGCUGGCUGACCGUAUAAAAAGAAAAGACAAAGACAGGUAGAGAGGACAGAGAAUAUCAGUCACAUUUACAUUGUAUGCUGAUGAUACACCGCACUAUCUACACACACAGACUGAGUAUUUCCAUGACAGUUUAUGUUUCUAACCUUUUUUCAUCUCUUUAGUUUCUUUAUUUGUAUUAUACGGGGUGUAAUUGAUUGUCACCUGUUCCAUCGUGAUGCAUCGAUUCUUUGAUGCAUUGGCCUACCCCUAAUAAGUAUUAUUAUUAGAUGUUUUAGCCCCUCUUGAUCAUAUUUUUGCCAAGGUCUUCCUGAGUGCUAUUUUGUAUGUGUGUGUGUGUGUGUGUGUGUGUGUGUGUGUGUGUGUGUGUGUGUGUGUGUGUGUGUGUGUGUGUGUGUGCGUGUGAGUGAUUGUUGAUGUACACUGACUGACUUUUGGAAAGACCUCCAGCUGUCUAGACAAAAACUUAACACAGACACUCUCAGACUGAACAAACUUACCUGAAAACAUACACACACAUGCACACACACACUCACACACCUCCUCUCCUCCUGUCUUUUCGAGCUCCUCCUGUUCCCUAGAGACGCCUGCUGCCUAAUGACAGAGCUUCUCCCUCUAAGACCCGCCUCCUAGCUGUGAUAGGCCGGCGGCUGUCGGUCUCCAUGGAAACGUUCCUCAUAUAAUGUUUGCUAUGUCAUACAAGUGUGCCUGCCUGCACUGAGACAGGCGAAAUGUGAGUGGCUAGUUUGGGCUGUCAAUCAUCCCAGGCCACGCCUCCUUACUGUCUCAGCUGAUGAUGAUUGGAUGGUGAUGAUGAUGAUGAUGAGAUUGAGCAUGAUGACGAAGGAUGUGUUUUAGUAGAGAGCGUUGCAAUACACCUCCUGUUUGCCUUUUUGAUAAUAUUAGUCCUAUUUUAACGUAGUGAGCGUAACGUUUUUUAUUGUUGUUGUUAUUGUUGAUGUUUUUCACUUCAGAACAAAAAAGGUAAUUUUCCUUCAAUCCAUCCUCCACACACAGACUCUACCAUUGAGGGUGUGAAACUACCUACACACACACACACACUCACACCAUCAAAACGUACUUCUUCUAAGUGCUCUGACGCUGACUCAUGUAUUCAGACUUUAGUGAAACCAUCGGCAGAGUCUCACCCACUCUUUUCUGAUUGGAUGAAGCACUCAUAAGUCUGAGUAUGUUUCUGUAUCACGCCCUGUUCAUCCUGUAGAAAUCCUUAAUAAUCAUUGUCUCUCGCCCGGCCCAGCAUCUCCUCAUGUGCCUUCUGGUGUCCGGGUCCCAAUGGAGACUCAGAAAUCAAACCCUCAAAACACUCCAAACUGUUGCCUUGGUACUCCUAGACUUGGACAGAAAAUACCUAGGAGACUCUCCUCAUCGUACAAACAUGACACAUGGAAGCCCAGACCUGCAGGAAAACGGGUAAAAGAUGUGUACUGCAUUCAUUUAAGUACAAAAAUCCUUCCAUUUAGAUACAGCACAGCAACUCCAAAACUCUUCAAAAUUGCAGAGCAAGCAUGUGCCUGUGCAAAAACCACUAACCCAGUGGUUCUCAAGUCUAGUCCUUGAGGCCCACUGUCCUGCAUGUUUUGGAAGUUUCCCUGCCCCAACACACUUGACUCAAAUGAUUAGGUUGUUAUUUAGCCAUUACAGAGAUUGAUAACGAGCUGAUCAUUUGAAUCAGGUGUGUUGGAGCAGGGAAACAUCCAAAACAUGCAGGACACCAUCUAUCUAUGUAAUUUCAACAGUAUAGUAUAGUAUAGCUUGGCACAUCUGCACGAUGUUAUAAAAGCUAUCUAUCACGUAACUGUCUGAAAUCACUUCAAGCCCCUUUUCUCAAAGUCCGAUAAACAUCCUCAAAGCAAAUAAACUGGAUCAAAGUGAAUAGUCGGUCGGUUUGCUUAAAGCUGCUGUGAAGAUCUGUUUGUGCUGACUCUGGCGCCCCCUGUGGUCAAAACAAUAACUCAUAACUUUUUGCUGUGUGAAAAAAACAGUAAGAGGCAGUUUUCUUUUUUUUCCCCAAACUAUCAUUUUUUCCAUUUUCACUCACAGCCGUCGCAGCUGUCUCAAAGUUGAAUGUUAAAGUGUUUAGUUUUCUAGCUAAAGGUCUCCUUUGCUGUUUCAGGGUCAUAAAGAGGCUUCAGGGUCCACUUCAGUCUGGUUCCCUAUCAGAUAAAAACUCCUUACAGGAACUUGGAGACCUUGAUGAGAGAAACAAUAUACAGUGAGUGCAGUACAUUUCUGAUGGCAUUUUCAAAUACAAAGAUCCAACGGUAUUUGAAACUUGCUGUUUGAUUAUAACUCUUAAGAAUAAUAUGCAGAACAGCAGCAAAUCAGUCACUUUUUUCAAUCCUGAGCUAAAACGUUGGGAGACAUCAUGAAUUUUUUUGCCGCAACUCCCUUCAAUUAAAAGUCAGUAUUUGUCUUUGAAAAAGUGUCACCCCCUUUUACUGACACGUCCAGGCUUCCAUCCUGAUGAAAAGUUCCUCAAGCUCAGCUCAUUUUGGUUGCUUUGCAGUGAUGUUGGAACCCAGAGAAUUCACAGACAUGCAGACUUCACAACAACUAGGAUUUUAUACUGAAGCACAGCAUGACCUGAAAUCCAUCAUAUAGUCGAAUGAUAUUAAUUUGUUUGCUAAAUUUUGGGGUUCACAGAUCAUAAAGUGAAAUAAAGUCUGACCCACGGUUCUCAUUUUCCAGAGUUUUGCUUCUUUUAUCUGCUUCCAACAUUGAAUGGCGUGCAACAUUAAAGUGGCGUCAAAAACGAAGCUGCUAUGAAACCACACGCAGGCCUCCAUUAUUAACACACUACAGUCCAGUUUUCUGUUCUCAGCAUCAUUACAGACAUUUCCAAAGAAGGACUCAUCCUCACACGACUCUGAAGACAAGAGUCACCCCUGACUUGAAUUUUUCUGUUUUUCAUUUCUCUGUGAAAACACUUUACUUCACUUUGUCUUCUCCUGUCUCUCUGACAGUCUGAAGAAAUGGCCGAAUGUUGAAGGAAGUGUUUCUUCCUGUCGUGUUUUUUUUCUCACUCUUCGUCGUGUUUUUCUGCUCUUUGAAUCAGUGCUACAAGGCACCUUUCCUCUGACAAUGUUGAAGAAAAUAGACAACAAACACUCUCUCUCUUUGUUGCAGUUGGUUUGUGUGCUCUCUCAAACACAGCCUCCAUAUCACACAGGAUGGGUCGGUGUCCUCCACAGUGACUAUUGUAGAAGUCUUCCACCUGUUGUCCAGUUUCAUCCUGCACGUGUGUCAAGUGGGACUUGUACAAUAGCUCAGUUUUAAAGUUUGGCAACAGCUCCAUUUUUCUUCCUCUGAAGAUGUAAAGAAGACGGCGGUGGUGCAGAGUGUCUGAGGGUUGAAAUCCGUCUGUUUUCUGUCACAGCAUGGCUCACACACUUAUAUAGAGGCCUACGUACUCUCAAUGAUAAUAACUGCUUAUUUGUGUAUUAAAACAGUUUAUUUUAUUUAUACUGGAUGGUCUACGUGUUGCAAGGUUUGUUAAGUUGUUUUUUUUCUGACAAUGGUUUAUUGUUGUCACAGAAGAUGGUAUGAAUCGGACACAUUUCAGAUAUAGCCUUUAAAUUAAAAAAAAACAAAUAAAAAAGUUUUAUAAAUACGUCUCUGUCUCCUCGUUUUUUUUUUUUUUUAUCUGAAUAAACUCUUACACUUUACUCUUAGUAUGUAACUGAACUGCUGCUGCUGUCAGAGCUGGCCCACGUCUCAAUGAGGCUCUAAGCCAAAUUUGAUUUUGGGGCCCUCUAUUUCUGCCAAUAAUAUUGAUUGUUGAUCAUUCACACACCUUCACAAAAUCUCUUUGAUUAACAUUCCAUGACAUGCAAACAUACCUGUAUCUUGGCGUUUUUUCCCUUCUUCAUCUUUCUUUUCUCUGCUCCUGAAGGAUAUGUCCUUUUUUGCAAAAUUGUUUUGUCUCACAACUACCUGCGCUUUAGAUGCUCAGUCCACAUUGCACAGCAGGAGGCACAUAACGGUAGCGGAGCUUUGACAGAUCAGCAGUAAGAAUCAUAGGCC